AGAUCCUUCCACCCACUCACUCACCCCUCGCCUCCCCCGGGGUGCCUGGAAUGAAAACGGAGCUGCCCAGAUUGAGUAAAUCAGGAGUAACCGCGGAGUACAUGGCAGAGGACGUGAUCUCGGAGAAGAGAGCGCGGCCGAUCGGCGGGCGGGUCAUGGAUUGACAUGCCCGGGUGGAAGAGAAGAGAUCGCUGCCCGAGAUCGAGAACCCUUUCCCGGGCUGGAGGAGGAGGAGAGGUAGAGGGACCUGGAGAGAUCAGGUGCCCAUUCAGAAAGCGGCUCAACGGCCUCGCCUCUUUCGCGCCCAGGCUCCCAGGAGCAAGGCGAGGGCGGGGAUCGCGCCAGACACCCGGAGUCCGUGACUCUCCGCCUGCACGUCCCAAGAAACUCUCGCGGCCGUGGAGCUGGGGGAGGGGGGGAUCUGGCCCGCCCAAAGCAAGUCAUCGCCCCGAUCGCGUCUCCAAAGCGCCCUCCCUGCCAAGGGCAAAAAGCCCCCCAUGGCUGGGGAGGGGGGCUGGCUGCCCAGUGUAAGAGCCCCCCCCUCGAUCUCCUAGGCGGCAGCACCUGUAGAGCACGAGGCGAUCGAGUCCACUCGAUCCCACCCCUUUCCCGCAACCUCCCCACGGCUCCGCAGAGCGAAUCGAAGUCGUGCAUGUGCUCCUGUCUCUCGCAAGGCGCUGCUCUGCUUGGUUUGCCACGCCCGGGUUUGCAGGACGCCGCCGAGCUGCUGGGGCCGCCGCCGCCGCUGAUCAGCAUUCGGGGGGCGAUCGGGGAAAGCGAUCGGGCGAUCGGGACGUGCCCUCCGGCUGGCCAGCGCCGCGCACCAUGAGGCGAAGAGCGAGCGAGCAGCCGGCGGGGAGCGCUUGGCGUUGCCUUGGGAUUUGGCCACACUGAAAAAAAAAAGGCUGCUGGUGGUGCUGGGGGAGACCCAAAACCAAGCGGGGAAACCCUUUUAAUCCGGAUCGGUUGCUACGGAGCGGACUCUCCGCCGGGAUCGUGGGGAGGAAAGGCUCUCUCUCUCUCCCUCUCCCUCCAAUGCCUCGCUUGCGUCGUCCCCGGGAAGGCGCGCAACAAAUGGCAGCCAGGUCUGUGAUCCGGGCUGCGGUAGCAGCAGCAGCAGCAGCGACUCCCAGGUGAGGCGCAAAAGGCUCGGCACGCCGCAGCUCUCCAUGCCCGCCUGCGCCUCGCCUUCCGCGCCGCCUGAGUCACCCCGCUGCACUCGGUAAGGCGCUCGAAUCCCCUGUCCCUCGGGUCCCCCCACCCUCUCCCAACUUCACUUUCAUACGCGGGGAGGGGAGGGUAAGGUGUGGUGUGUGUCCCCCCCUUUUUCUUAAAAUUUGUUCAGUUCCCCUACUAACCCCUUCUUCCCUUGGUUGGUGACGCCUGUGGUAGAGGAGGAAGGGUGGGGAGUUCGUAUCCCAAAGAUCAGAAAUGGGUGAUAUAGUGGCAUGCCCUGGCUGGGACACUGUGGUCCUGACCUUAAAAUGUGGCACUAGGGAGAGAAAUUCUAUGGCUGUGCAUAGUAGAGGUUCUCAGCAAGUAGGAACUGGCUCUCUCUGUGUGUAAUGCAUUGCUAUGUAUGUGUCUCAAACUCCCCACCCUUGGUGUAUUGAUUAUAUUGGCACACAGCUAAGCUGUGCCAAAUGAAAUGUGUGCUUUGGUCCAGUGUUUUGCUAACUUGGGAGAGGUGAGCAAACUGGCAAACUACGUAAGAAAUAGGGCAAUGUAAAAUAAAAUUUAAAAUGCCACACAAGAGGUAGCGGGAGCCUGUUUUAGAAUACAAACAAAAGUAUAUUGAUCCCACAAAAGGAAAACAUUAAACCGAAAACUUGAGGCAGAACAGAUUCUGGUGAUAUUGUAAUAUUUCCAUGUCUUGUGUGGUGUAUGUUGUGGCCUGUUGAGAACUCGAAUCUUGGAAAUGUGUUGUGAUGGGAUACAGGACGGUUUGCAUGCUUAACUUUUGCGUUUGACUUCCAUUACUGGACUGUAAAUUACAGAUGUGAAUAAGUGUGUGGUUUGUUGACAAAGACCAGAAUAUAUAACCUGUUUUAUAAACUGACUCUCUCCUACUUCAGCCAUGACCAGUACAAUAUCAGUUUCUGAUAUUUCUGUAUUAGGUCCAGUUUAGUACAGCCAGAAUAAUUGGAAGAAUAAUUGGGCCAGUUCUGCAUUCCCUAUUGCUUCAAAUAAUACUUGAUAGCGAAAUAUGUGUUCAAAUAAGUUUGCUGGGUUUUGUUUUGCUUACAGAAUCCAAGAUCUUCUCUUAAAAGAGUAAUGAUAUAUUGUAAAGGGCAAAAUCCAGGUUCCUAAAUGUGAAUGGGAGCUUUGCCACUGACCUCAAGAGGCUUACACUCAGAAUUAAAGUUGGACUUGGUCCUUCUGACCUCUGAAAACAAUGAGUAAUAUUCUGUUUGUCUUCCAGCAGAAAAAAACACACCAGUUACAGCAUAAAUUUCCAUUGCCUUUAAGUUGCUAAGAACUUCUACCUCUCGGGAGACAUUUAACAUUUUGUGCUGUUUGGGCCUUGAGUGAUCUAUUUUCCGAGUGAGACUGCAGAAAUCAUAAUUGUAGCUUUUUGAUGUUGAGAAAGAUGAUUACUAGUAAGUCACAUGUUGUGCCAGAAGGAGAAGGCAAUGGAAAUAAAGAUUUAAUUGCAAUAAAUGAAAUAAGCAUUUCUGAUGAGCUUUGAUUCAAAUGAAGUAAGGAUAUAUUUAGACAAAGAUGGGACUGGUCAAGACUUUCUCUUCAUUAGUGCUUUAAAAAAGGCCUCAAAUCUAACCUUAACUUCAAGAAAUAAGUCUAUAUUCAGAUGAUGAACUGUGAUUUAAGAUGGAGUAAAAUAAAGAUGGGUUUGGAGUUUGUAGUGCUUUAAACAGGGAGUUGGCUCAAAAGUGUCAAGUGUCUUGGGCCAGUUUGUAUCUUUUGUGCUUGUCAUUGUAUAUUGAACCAAGCUAAAGCUGUAACUGCUUACCUGAGGGUAAAGCCUAUUGAACUCAAUAAGAUGUGCUUCUGAGUAGAUCUGUCAAGCAAACAGUUGGGGUAUAAAUAAAUAAAUAAAUAAAUAAAUAAAUAUUAAUAUAAUGAUUAUAGAUUGCACUGCAAGCCGCUCAAAUGGGAAGCAUCUGAAACAGCUUUGGAAAGCAAGGCCAUCUGUAAUGGAGGGCUUGUUUAUGUGAUCAUUUAUCCUGGGAUCACAAGCCAUUAAUUCACUUUAGCUCUUGGUUUGUUUACGCACUCAAGGGAUGAACUGGAAGAUAAAGUGAGUUGUGAAAUCACAUAGUCAGGAACUGUUGACUUCCUGCUCUUUUAACCCAGGAUAAGCAAUUGUAUGAACAACAACAGAAUCGUUAUUUGUUCUGUGCAAACUCUGGUGGAGUGUUUUGCUCUGUGCAAGCCCCAUGUUGGUGCAUUAAUAACCUGAAAUUAUUAGUGAGGUGUAUUGCUGAUUAGCACAAUCAGCAACUAAGGAUCCCAGGUUAACAGUCCUAAGCCAAUACCCUCAAGAAGCUCAGAAGCUUUAUUAGCAUGCCAUCGGCGAUUUGAAGGUGAACAGAAGCCAAGUGAAAAUUUCAGUCCUUUCUCAUCUGAAGACAAAAUAUUGGAAACUACUGAAAAAUUAAAGAUGAUCACAUUUCCAUUUGACACUAAAAAAGGGUAGCAUACUAAUUCAUAUUUAAUGUAGUUUGCCUACUUUUGCAAUCACAUAAGUCUGCUUUGCCUUAUUUAUGGGGAAAUUUCCUUGGCCUUGAUGAGUUUAGUUACUUGACCAAAAAAUGAAGGAUAUAGCAACUUGCCAUGCAUAUCAAAAAGAUGCUGGCUCAGUUUGCACAUAACACUAAGUCAAACUUUGGCCUAGUGUGAACGAGCAAGCAUGCUUGUGCACACUUGGAAAAUUACAGCCACUUUGCUACUCCUAUGUUGCUGCUGCACUGGAGGGAACUAAGCCAUGGUUUACUUAGCAUGGCAUGUAAACCCUGGGCUCAUAGUUUGUUUUCCCCAAACAAGAACAAACCUUGGCUAUCAUUUGUGGGUUGCUUGGAGCUCAUUCAUGCUAUAAACCAUAGUUUAUAGCUCAAUAUUAUUUGUGAACAAGGCUAGUGUUUGAAAAAAUGAAGGCAUGAUCCAACCAAGUGAAGCAUUUUUCAAUCCCAUUGAUUUCAGUGGGAGUCAAACAUAUACUUAAAUCAUAUGGGAAGUUCAAGUACUUAGCUUUGUCAGGAUUAGACCCUUGAUGAGAAGCCGGUUUUGUUGUUGUUGUCAAACUGCAGUGUGGGGAAAGGGGAAUAAUAACUCUAUAGCGUUGUUAAAUGCCACUUUUGAAAUAUUUGUGUAUCCCUUUGUCUGAUUUCCUUGAUUCUAGAGACCAGAACAAUAAGAAUAUUUCCACAUAUUUCAUUGGGCUUGGAGUUUUCUCCAUAAAAAGAAAAUGGGGAAUUGGUCAUGUGAAUUUUUUAAAUGGUAGAGGCCCUACAGAAUAUCAGCUGAAUUCAAUGAAGUUUCUAGAAUUUCUAGCAAGUGAUUUAAAAACCAUACAAGACAAUUUCUAAAGCACUGGAAUUUAUUUAGCAAAUGCAUUUUGAAAGCUUUGGUAAGGCAAGAAGUCAUUUGCUUUAAUCUGAUGAGGAAAUAUGUUUGUGUUCACCUAAUUGGGUGUUCUGGGGACCAGUUUAAAGUAUUCAUCCGAUUGAUCCUUCAUGGUUCUAAAUCUUGUGGAGAACCUACACAAGACCAGAUAUUUGGUCUGCAGACAUUUGCCUCUGAGUCAGGAAGGAUGAUGGCGAAGUUGGUUGAGGGAUUGAGCUAGCAAUCUCCUCCCCACUCUGUGAUGGAUUUAGAAUGUCUGGUUGGAGCUGUCUCAAUGGAGGAAUGAAAACAGCAAACAGUAGUUCAAGUCUGAUCAUAUUUAUUUCGGAGCAGACAGCUGUUGCUUCAUGGGCAUUAUAAUUUGGCUCUGUACAGUGUGUGUCAGCAAGAGGUAGGGCCUCAUAGACAUUUAUUUCUGUGUAGAUAAAUGUGCUUCCUCUUAAUGAAAACAGUGCUCUCCUUAGGCAACCACUUACCAAUGAGGCCCUUGUUACAGAGUUCCAUAUCACUCAGUGAUUUAAGCUUUGCAUGUUCACAAUGAUGCAACAUUAACUGAAACAUGUUAUGCUUGAAAAAUACAUAGGGUUGGAUCCCUAAGUUAGCUGCACUUAGUUCCCACUGACACCAAUGCUCAAAUAAUUAUCUUACAUGGGAAUUACUUCCAGGUAAGUGGGACAGGAUUGCCCGGGUAUAGAAUUUUAGCCUUUUGUCUGGGCGCAACCUAUUGCUCCUGGUGGUGCAGUUUUGCUGAAUCAUUGGGAACCGUUUUGCGGAUGCUUGUGGCUUUCAGUGGAUCCAGACUUUUCAAUUAUGCCAUUCUUCACAUUUAGUUAAAAUAGCAACAAGAUAUAAAUCUUGGUUCACCCUCCCCAGCACUGUAGCCACCUGUUUUGGGAGGAAGCCACUGAUUUCCAGUCAUCCUCUCUCCCAUUAUCCCACCGGUGAAAAGUCCUGUCAGAGCUGACAGCACCAUCUGUUUGGCAGAGAAGACCCCUGCACGCGGCAAAUCGUGUACAAACUUUGAAUUGCCCUCCCCCACCCCCGUAUUCAGAGAAAAUACACAGAGAGAAUAAAUUGGGGGUUGGACUCGAUGGCCCUUGUGGUCUCUUCCAACUCUAUGAUUCUAUGAAAUUAAAAUACUUCUGAGGGUCAGUCAUUUGUGACUACAUAUAUGAGUGUGUGUGUGUUUACCUACAAAUAAAAAUGGAUGUUAAAAUACUGCUGCAAACCUUGGACAAGUACAGCUCUUGACAAACACAACUUGGACCUGCUUUUGUUCAGGGAAAUUCUUUGUUCAUCCAGUCCUUACUGAAAUUUAAUUUAAGCUGCAUCCUGUUUGAAUUUAAGCUUUCAGUUAUUUGGGAACAUUAACCGAUGUGAAAAGCAUCUUUUUUCCUGAUCACAUUUCCUGAUACAGUAUUUGAUUCCAGGUCUUGAUUUAGAGAGUUGUCAAGCCAAAAGCUUGUUAUCAUCAACGACUAAGGGGAAAAAAUGCCAAUGUUCAGAGCAUACAAUGGUUGUUUCUAAUUCUGGCCAGUGCAAUUCUAUGGUCUGAGCUGCACCACAGGCGUCUGUAUUUGGUUGAACAGGGACAGUGUUGGAAUGAUAGGGUGGGACCUCAUAUUUUUGGCUUCUACCUCUCCAGAAGGAUAACAUUUCCAUUCUUCACAUUAUGAUGGCUCUGUGUCAUGAGUAUGAUUGUGAAGGCAUGUCUCAUUCAUAGAAAAUAUGAAAGUGCCUUAUGCUUAGUCACUCAUUGGUCCAUUUUGCUCAGUAAAUGGACACCAGGUAUCUUCAACCUUUUCAGACCCGCCUUUAAUCCAAGCAUGCCUUUGGGGACCCAUUUCUUAAUAUUUGCAUGGUGGCAGUGCUUCCGUUGCAACUCAGUUAGUGGGUCCCAACCCACCAGUUGAAAACCAGUGGUCUACACUGUUUGGCAGUGGCUUUCUACAAUUCUGGGACGCAGGUGGCACUGUGGGUUAAACCACAGAGCCUAGGACUUGCUGAUCAGAAGGUUGGCGGUUUGAAUCCCCGCGACGGGGUGAGCUCCCAUUGCUCAGUCCCAGCUCCUGCCAACCUAGCAGUUUGAAAGCACGUCAAAGUGCAAGUAGAUAAAUAGGUACCGCUCCAGCGGGAAGUUAAGUGGUGUUUCCGUGCCCUGCUCUGGUUCGCCAGAAAUGGCUUAGUCAUGCUGGCCACAUGACCUGGAGGCUGUAACGCCGGCUCCCUCGGCCAAUAAAGCGAGAUGAGCGCCGCAACCCCAGAGUCGGCCACGACUGGACCUAAUGGUCAGGGCUCCCUUUAGCUUUACUUUCUACAAUUCCAGUGUGGAAUCUUUCCCAGGCUCCCUGGAGAUGCUGGGGACGAAAGUUGAGACCUUGUGCAUGCAAAGCAGAUGCUCUCCUGCUGUGCUACAUUCCUUCCCCUCCCCGCACAGAGUGAUCACAACUCCAGGGGCAGAUUUAGGGGAGCAUGACCAGUUCCCCCACAUCCUACCGGUAGACUAGUAAGCAGAAGGAGGCAUGAGGGCUCUGGCAGGGUCCUAGAGUCCUCCUGCCUCCAUCUCAAAGCUUUCCCAGCUUUAGGAAGGAGGAAGGAGGGCUCUAGGAUGCUGCCAGAGCCCCACGCCUCCUUCCCAAAGUGACUUUGGGGAGGCACCCCAAGGGCUAUGGGGCAUGUGUAUCAAAUUUUGGCCUUGCACAGGACACUGUAUUACCAAGGCCGGCCCCUGACAACUCCAAACCACUGAGUCUCCCUACCAAGGGAGUAGUGGGUGAAAUGACAUCUACCAAUACUCGUUCUGCUUUCAGGAUAGAGAUUAUUUGAAAAGGGUAAAGGGGGGGAUGUAUGAAAGAUGGGCAAAAGGAGGAUUACGUAAAUGCUUGGCUAGGUAAGAAGAAAAGGGGGGAAAUAUGGCAUUUAUGUAUUGUGGCUAAGAAGUCAAAGUAGCAAUCGGAGGACUAGCCAUCAUAGUUAAGUACCUUUCCCUUGGGAUCCUGUGCUUGCAGUCAAUUGUUUUGCUUAAUUAUCCUUCCUUAGAUUGGGCCCCAGGUAGGUUUCUGCUAAAAUCAAGUAAAAAAAGGAACAGCCACGAGCAAUAUUCUGGCAACAGGAGGGUGAUAUUUGAGGAUUUCAGAGUAGUGGCUGGAGUAUUUGAAGCCGCAGAACUAGCAAAUGAAAGACGGGAGAAUCUGUGUCACAUUGGUAGAUAUGCCAAGACAGAGCCAAGAGACCUGUUUCCCCCAAUAUUGGAUUUAUUAGAAAUUGAAAGCACAACCUUAUGAGAUAUUACUUUUUUUUUUUUUUAACUGCUCUGUGGUGCACUGCUUUGGAGACCUUAGUAUGCACAUUCAUUCUUCUUUUUAUUGAAGGAUAAAUUCCAGACAACAGGGUAACAAGAAAGCCUCAAAGCGUUUCUGACUUUCUGGAGUCCCUCGCCAAGAAAAAGGAGAAUUCAGCCUGCUUUUGUGCCUUGGUUUUUCCCUUUAGUGCACAGGCUCAGCUGUGGAGCUUGUGGAGCAAGCACCUCUGUUUCCUACAGAACUUAUCAGUUUUUAUGCACUUGUAAUUAAAACACAAAGCUUCUGGGUUAAAGGCGGUGGCUUCUAGGCAGACUUGCGCCCCAACACUGAAAAAGAAAGCUCUUAAACGCCGAUGUGAAUGUUACAAGAUGUAUUCCUGUUGCACCGCGCUUCUUAACAGAUGGCUUACCCUUCAGUCACGCUGUGGCAGAAUGACGGCAUGUUUUGCUAUUGUGGAUCAAGUCAUAUUGCUGCUGGCUGGUGGUCACCCUGCCCAGCAAGCAGCAUGUGUAUUUUUAACAGUGACAUAGAACACAGCCACGUUUUAUUUAAUUUAUGUAUGUUGAUUGAGGACAGCCGCAAAGGGCAGAGACUUUUGCAGUAAAGGGGAAGCCCUGGGGUUUCAAACCAAGGUACACAAAAAUAGGUGGGUAGGGAGGAGGGACCAUGUGGUUUAAAUGUUGCUUCUCCCUGCUCUAGUCUCAAGCUUACUUCAUGUGUGGAAAGCUUGUAAAAUGUCAGGACCCACCAAACUGUUACCACCCUUGCUUUGACAUGUGUCACCCUCUAUAUGGACUAUGGCUCUGUGUUCAAGGAUGAAGCCCUUAUGGAAAACAAAAACAAAAAAACGGGGGGUGGCAUUUAGUGUAAAUGUUCUAGGGGAAUUAUUUCCACUGCAACCCUGGCUCUGUUCAGCUGGAAGACAGGCUGCUUAUAUCAGGCACUGCUGGCCCAGAUAUUAACGCGUUUUCCAAAUAGGCAGGCAUGCAGUGCAAGUAACUUCGGAUUGUUUAGUCAAGGUAGUGGAGUUCCCUUGUAAAGGACCGACUGAGAUAACAUCAGAGCUUUUCUAGAAAUGAGCUCUUGGAAAGGGACUUUGCUGUGAGUCCUAGAAGACCUGCUCCCUGCCUUGCAGAUCUGGCCUGGAAAGGCAGCCUUGACUGACUCCAGCUACAAAAGCAGAGACUGAUGAACAGAGUCUUGGGCUGGGGUUUUGUUGGGAGUGGGUUUGUUGCUGUUGCUGGUGUUAUUAUUAUUUUUUGUAUUUUUGUUUUGGAUCUUAUGUUUUAUGUGGAAACGGUUUGAUUUGGUUGUGUACUUCUGCUAUAUUGUUUAUUGUUAAUGACUAUUUUUGCUAUCUUUGCAAUUAUAUAAUUGUUUAUAUGUUGUAAGCUGCCUUGGGCAUGGUUUUAACUUUGGAAAAGCAGCAUAAUAAUAAUCAGGGCUCUUUUUUUCAGCUGGAGCUUACUGGAGCUCAGCUCUGGCACCUCUCAGGUACCAUUCUAAGAGAACAAGGGAUAAGAUCAUGGUGAGCUCUGGUGCCUAUUUUUCUAGAAAAAUAGCACUGAUUAUAAUAAUUUGUUAUUUAUUUGGCAUACAAAUGACAUGAUUGAUUGAUUGAUUGAUUGAUUAACUGAUUAUUGGGAGAGAAUAGCAAAAUUCCAGUGUGAUAGUUGACUGUGGAUAGUUGACUGUGGAGGCUGUUUCGGGGAUAAAAGGGAAAGAAAAGAAGAAGGAGAAGUGAUGCUGUAUUUAGCCACAGAGGCUACAGGGGAAAACUGGAUGGGGUGUAUUGCAUAGAAACUGAAAAUCCAUCAAGAGAAAAUGAGGGUUGUACCUUUCCUUCCAUAUGCUCUGUCCAGUGCAGGAACUAUUCACAUUAGGCUAAGCUCCAAAAAAGAAAGUAAAAAAGAGGAGACUGUCAUUGGCUACGGCAAGGCUUUCCUGGAUGGAGUCUGCUGAAAUGGGAGUGCAGAAAAAGAGCACCAAAGCCAGGACUCCUGAUUAAGCCAAGCAGAGUUUAUUCCAGCAAGAUCCUUUUGUGGGAACACCGGGACUUCAAGGUUUCGGAGAUGAAAGACCAGGCACCCAUCAAAGAAAUAUAAAACUGCUUCUGAAAUCAAAUCACCAUGUGCUGCCUUGUAGAGUUUCUCUGGGAAUAUCUAAGGGGAAUCUUGGGGUCUGAGACAGACCCAACUAUAGCUUUGAUGACAAAGACUCACCAAAGAGUAGGGCGAUCAUGCCUUGUUGAUUUCUAGAUACAGAAAGGGGAGGUGAUUUUCUUCCUCCUGUUUAACAGAGCAAGGGUCUAGGCUUUAGGUGGAGUUAAGUUAGUGGCACUGUGGGUUAAACCACAGAGCCUAGGACUUGCUGAUCAGAAGGUCAGCGGUUCGAAUCCCCGCAGCGGGGUGAGCUCCCGUUGCUCGGUCCCAGCUCCUGCCAACCUAGCAGUUCAAAAGCACGCCCAAGUGCAAGUAGAUAAAUAGGUACCGCUCUGGCGGGAAGGUAAACGGUGUUUCCGUGCGCUGCUCUGGUUCACCAGAAGCGGCUUAGUCAUGCUGGCCACGUGACCCGGAAGCUGUACGCCGGCUCCCUCGGCCACUAAAGCAAGAUGAGUGCCGCAACCCCAGAGUUGUCCGUGACGGACCUAAUGGUCAGGGGUCCCUUUACCUUUAUAAAACAUACUAGAGAUUUCAGGGCUCUUCAUAGCUAAUCAAUAGGUGAUAAAGUGUGGCUUUUACUAGAUUAGGAACUGGAGGAAUGCUGGUCAUUAAGCAUUUCAGGAUGUUUCCUGCUAAUGUUUGCUUGUUUCUUAAGUAUCUUCUUUAGCUUAUGCUUCACAAAGUGAUCGUAGGGUUGGUUGCAACAUAAUUGAAACAGCAACAGCAAGAACAACAAUAACAACUUUUUCUUUCUACCCUGCCCAUCUGGCUGGGUUUCCUCAGCCACUCUGGGUGGCUUUCAACAGAACAUUAAAAACAGAAUAAAACUUCAAACAUUAAAAACUUCCCUAAACAAUUUUAAGUUAAACACAGGUUAAAGACACAGCAUUUAAAGUCCAUCCAUACAGACACCCAGAAUCGUGGCAGAAGCCAGUGAAACAGAUUGGGCAUUUGGGCAACGGGAGAAGACCUAGGUGUUGACUCCACUCAUGUUUCUAGGAAUGGAAUGGGGAGAGAAUUCCUUAGUCAGGAUGCCACCACAGAGUAAACCCUACAGUGUGACACCGCCUGGUGUAUAUCCACCGCGGUAGGGCAAAGCAAAGGACCUGGGAAGGCUGAUAUAGGGAGAUACGUUCCUUCAUAUAUCUGGAUCCUAAUUUGUUUUUCAGUAUCUUAAAUGAAUAGGAAGCCACAUGAAUCGGUGUCAUGAUCCCUGCUAACUCCUCCGGUCAACGUUCUGGCAGCUGUGUUCUCCAAUCGCUGUAGCUUCCAGACUGUUUUCAAGGUGUAAGGUGCAUCUUAGUAAGCCAAGGGGGAGGUUAUCAUAGCAUGGGUCAUUGUGGCUAGGUUAUCUCAGUCUACAAAUGGCCAUAGCUGGUGAGUCAGUCACAGCUGGUGCAAUGGCACUCUGUACUUCGGAAGCGACCUGAGCAUCUAGUGACAAGCCUGGAUCAAGGAGUACUCCUAGUCUAUAUACCUGCUCUUUCAAGAGGAAUUCAGCUCCAUCUAGAGCAGCUCCAUCUAUCUCAUUGGGAAUCAGCCUCAGUUUAUUACCCCUCAUCCAGCCCAUUACUUCCUCCAAGUACAGGCCCAGUACCUGCAUUACUUCAUCUGACUCGCAUGGCAACAACAACAACAACAACAAUUUAUUAUUUAUACCCUGCCCAUCUGGCUGGGCUUCCCCAGCCACUCUGGGCAGCUUCCAACAAAAUAUUAAAAUACAGUAAUGCAUCAAACAUUAAAAGCUUCCCUAAACAGGGCUGCCUUCAGAUGUCUUCUAAAAGUCUGGUAGUAGUUGUUCUCUUUGAGAUCUGGUGGGAGGGCAUUCCACAGGGCGGGUGCCACUACCAAGAAGGCCCUCUGCCUGGUUCCCUGUAACCUCACUUCUCACAGGGAAGGAACCGCCAGAAGGCCCUCGGAGCUGGACCUCAGUGUCCGGGCUGAACGAUGGCGGUGGAGAUGCUGCUUCAGGUAUACUGGGCCGAGGCCGUUUAGGGCCUUAAAGGUCAGCACCAACACUUUGAAUUGUGCUCGGAAACGUACAGGGAGCCAAUGUAAAAACUGGACCCCUGGCCUCUCCAAUUUCAGUAAAGGGAUUUGGCAGGAAACUUUCAAAUGUACCUUCUCCUAGUUUGCUAGGUCCUCACGAGCAUUUGUCUUCCUGGGCAAAAUGCAGCUUUUUGAGUAAGGUCCUUGGGCGAGGACACACAAAAUGACACGGCAACAGUGCUCUCCAGCAAGAAAACUGAACCCAGCCCACCAGCCUUGCAUGGUGGCCUGCCACCUUGACAGCUGUCUCAUUUUUGUAGUUGUAGGUAUGCAGCAAAACAGGAGGAUUAGGGAGGCCCUCGGACAGCUUGGUGGACCAUAUGGUUGUUAAAGGUAUGCAUCUAAAAAUGAGGAAAUGCGUUGAUAGGUGUUUUCAGCUCAUACACAGUGCUGUUGUCCUAGAAAAAGAGGUGCCGGAACUCACAAUGAAGGAAUACAGAGAGUAGAACCUCAUCUAGGUUGAUGAGGAACUCACAACGAACAUCUCCCUCAUUCUCUUAGAAUGGCAAUGGCGCCCACCUGAGAGGUGCCAGAACUGAAUUCCAGCUGAAUUCUGGUUGGGGGAAAAAAGUUCUGCUUAUGCACAUGCUUGAACCAGGAGAGCUCAUAUACAGGGGUGGAGAGCCUCAGGCCCAAGGCCUAGAAGUGGCCCUUCAAACUGCUUUAUCUGGCCCUCAGGCCUCUCCCUAGGCCACAUCACCUUUCCAGGUAGCACCCCUCAAUUGUGCUCUGCACUCGACUUGAAGUUCUCUUCCCUGUCUGGAAUGGAACACUGAGCUUCAUAAUGCCUCUUGCUUGCAGUGUGUGUGUAUAUCUGUAGGAAGAAGCCUCUGCUUUUAGCAUGGUGGGAAUGUAUCCUACUGUAGAAAGAUGAUGAUGAUGAUGAUUUUAUUUGUACCCUGCCCUCCCCAGCCGGAGCUGGGCUCAGAGUGGCUAACAUCAUAUAAAUAAUACAAUAUGCAUAAAAACAAGCAAUCAAUCAAUUAAAAUGCAUCCCAAAAUUAAUUCAAAUAAAUUAAAAUUAAAGUUAAAACUGAACAAAUGACAAUCCUCAGGUUAAAAUUGAAAGCGGUUAAUACGCGCCAGGACCAACUGUUUCCACUGAUAUUAUAAGGACCCAUGAGCAGGCUGGGAAACCUCCUUUGUUCUUGUUCUUAUACAAAGAGAAAAUGAGUCAGACUGAACCCUGACCAAAGGCCUGGCGGAAGAGCUCCGUCUUGCAGGCCCUGCAGAAGGAUGUCAAAUCUCGCAGGGCCCUGGUCUCUUGUGAGAGAGCAUUCCACCAGGCCGGGGCCACGGCAGAAAAGGUUGAGGCCAAUCUAAUAGAUAAUAGAUGCAGUGGUGUAGCAUUGGUUGCCGGCGUCCGGGGCAGGCAAGCUGCCAAUGCCGCCUGAGCCAAGGGAGCCCAACCAGCCAAUGCGGCCCUUGGCGGGUGAAUCCACCCAGCGUCUGCAGAGAGGAGCAGCAGGCUGGGCCAUGCUGGGGUUGCCCCUUGCUUACCCCCAUCUGUGCCCGCUCACCGUGGGCCUGAGCUGCUCUGCUGCCUUUGCUUAGGUGGGGUGGGGAUCCCUGUGGAAGUCAGUGCCUGAAUGGGGGCACCUGGUUGUGCCCCCUCAGAAUUUUGCACCCAGGGCCAUGGUCCCCCUGUCCCCCCUCCACUAUACUGCUGAAUAAAUGUGCCCAUUGUUCUGCCCCAAUUUUGACACUGGCUCUUCCCAUCACCAGAAUGCAGUCCCUGCAAGGUUUGCCGCAAGGAAAUGUGGCCCUCAUUCUGAACAGUGUUUCCUACUCGUGAAUGAAUGAAUGGAUCUUUAUUUGCAUCAGCCAUCGACCAUAGCAAUAAAACAACAAUACGGCAUACAAAUAAUAGAAAUAAAAAGUCAAUUAUAUAAAAUACAUUUUAGGGUUUUGAAUCAAUAGUCACAUAGUGGAACUUAUUCUAAUUGCCCCAGCUAAAAACCUUGCAACCUUUGCUGUCACCUGCUCAUCUUGAUCUGCCAAGAGAAAGGACACCGUGGCAGUGGUUGGGCGACCCGGAAUGGACAAUAAAAGAGGAGUGAUAAUCUCAUUCCUCAAGUCUUUAUAAAGAGUGCAAGCCAGAAGGGCAUGUGCCACCGAUUCGGGACUGCCAUCUCCACAGGGACAUAAGUGUUUUUCAUGUGGAAUCUGUUGGAAUCGUCCCUCAAGUACAGCCGAGGGCAAUACAUUAAAUCUUGCGAGAGUAAAAGCACGUGUAUAUUUUGGAAUUGCUAGGUUAUGCAGAUAGGGUGCCAGAGAGUCAAAAUGGGAAGGUAGAAAAUAGUUAAAUUUCCUUAUUGUGGCCAAGUUGUCCAGAGCUCCGCAGAUUUUAAUUGAGAUUUAAUUGUUUUUCCUACUUAUGUGUUAUACGUUCCGUUUUUGGAAACUAGUUUUGGGGAGGAGGGGAUCCUGUCUGACUUGGACAUAUACUGGGACAAAAGUAAUGCAUUUGUAUUCUAUAUUUCUUGGCACUGAAUAUUAACAAUGUAUUGUCUCGUUUUUUAAAUAAGCAUUAGCUUGCUCUUACUGCUAAAACAAAACAAAAUCAAAUUCUUGGGUGUUAUUGGUUCUCCAGCAGACAUUAUGUGGGAACACUGUUUUUUGUGUUUUUAAAGGGUAUGGAUUUUCAGUGCUUGAUGUGCUUCACAUACAUCAUCUCUGUAAUUCUGGUAACAAGAAUUGGAAGGCCAAAAUUUGCAGCUCCAUUUGACAGAUAGUAAAAGUAAGAGGAAGUGGAGGUGUUGAGUCCGCAGCUGAGUGGAGUUUUAAAUGGCUGUGGGAGGGGAGGGCAUAGACAUAAAGCUCAUGCCGUAAAGCACCACAAAGUAGAUUACUCACGAUUAACGAAUAAUUGUCCACACUUAAUUGCAUGCAGAUUGAACAGUAUGGUGUACGUUAGCUGAAAUGUCAACCUGGAAUGGUUGUCUGGCCUUUGAAUAGGGUUGCUUUGUUUGGCGAAGAUGAGCUGAUGUUGUGAGGGAAAAGGUUGGCCUUCAUUUUCUUAUAAUUUAUUCAACCAUUCUUCCCAAUAAUUGUGUAGGCCCUUAUUUGUAGCAAUCUGUGAUGUGGCCAGACAGGAUGCCGGACUAGACCACUGGCCUGAUCUGUUCUUAUUUAGAAUUGCACACUGGAACAGUUCAGCUUUUAGAACUGUAGAAACCUUUUGUUACAGUUCCCAUUGAACUGUGAAUCUGUCGUUUUAGACUUUUGAAUGUGAGGCAAUAAUGAAAAACAUGGAAUUUGGCCAGUGUACAAAUUCUCCCUUGCAAGAGUCUACUGCUUUGUUAAUUUUCAAUUUGAGUCAGUCUGCAAGUCUAUCAAGAGUUUUCUGAAGACUUCUUUUUCACCAGCUUAAGUUCCAGUUCCCCGUCAAACUCCUUUCUCCCCCUAGAGCUCGGUUUAUCUCUUUCCAUUUCCUCAUUAUAUUCUCAUCAGCUGUGCCUUAGCUGCUAAUUGGUCUCUAGGCGCAAACAUAUCCAGCAGAAAAGUCCCACAGAGGGUAGGAUUGGGAUGUUGAAGGAUCUUUUCUUAGUAUAUGCUCUCUUGGAAAAAAACCCACCCACCUCCAGUCAGAGGGGUUUUCAGUAAGAUAGAAGAGUACCAAUGUUUGACUGUUUACCCUGGGGCAUUUAAAUGAGACUAAUGGGGAAGCUCUGAUGGUUCUGUAGAGUAGUAAAAGCACACGAGAAAGGUGAGGAAAGAGGAGAAAGAAUAAAACAGCAGAGUACAAAGCUUCUUAAAGAUAAUAGUAAUGGGCACAAUUCUACUAAAAACAAACAUUUCUAAAUCCCGUUGACUUCCAAAAAUUACAUUUUUUAAUGUACUUAAACUUUCCCCUAAAUCAGUGCGGCUGAAAAAUGUUUAACUUUGACUUAAUAACAAUAACAACAAUAAACUGCCUUUCAUCUGAAGAUCAGUGGGUAGUUCACAACAUACUGUAUUUUUUGCUCUAUAAGACGCACCAGACCACAAAACGCACCUAAUUUUUGGAGGAGGAAAACAAGAAAAAAAAUAUUCUGAAUCUCAGAAGCCAGAACAGCAAGAGGGAUCGCUGUGCAGUGAAAGCAGCAAUCCCUCUUGCUGUUCUGGCUUCUGGGAUAGCUGCGCAGCCUGCAUUCACUCCAUAAGACGCACACACAUUUCCCCUUACUUUUUAGGAGGGAAAAGUGAGUCUUAUAGAGCAAAAAAUACGGUAAAAAUACAAAAUGGGAACACAAAAUACGUAAUACAUAAAAUACAUAAUAAAGACAUAAUAAUUUUUUUAAAGCUACAGCUGUUAUUUCUGAUAGGUGAUUGCAGUAUGGAUGCUAUGGGGCCACUGCUUUUGAAUGUCCAGUGUCUAGUCUGUUUAAAGUUUUUAGGACAGGCAGCAGAUUUCUGAUUAGCAUACUGCUUAUGAUAUUCUAGAGAUAUUUUAAUAGGAGAUUUAUAUAUCUAUAAGAAUAUUUAUAAACUGUCAAGGUCGUGUACAUUAAGAUACCGUAUUUCUUGCUCUAUAAGACUCACUUUUUCCUUCCUAAAAAGUAAGGGGAAAUGUGUGUGCGUCUUAUGGAGCGAAUGCAGGCUGCGCAGCUAUCCCAGAAGCAAGAAGAUCAAGAGGGAUUGCUGCUUUCACUGCGCAGCGAUCCCUCUUGCUGUUCUGGCUUCUGAGAUUCAGAAUAUUUUUUUUCUUGUUUUCCUCCUCCAAAAACUAGGUGCGUCUUGUGGUCUGGUGCGUCUUAUAGAGCGAAAAAUACGGUAAUCAAAAAUUAUAAAAUAAAAAUACAGUACAAAUUGCAGCUGGAUUUCCCGCAUUGGCAAGUGGGGUGGAAUAGACUAUCUUUGAGGUCUCUUCCAACUUUCUUACUCUAGAGCAUGGGUAGGCAUGGAUGCAGCCCAAUCGCCUUCUAAAUCUGGCCUGCGGAUGGUCUGGGAAUCAGCGUGUUUUUACAUGAGUAGAAUAUGUCCUUUUAUUUAAAAUGCAUCUCUGGGUUAUUUGUGGGGCAUAGGAAUUUGUUCUGUUUUUUUUUUUUGUUUUUUUUUUUUCAAAAUAUAGCCCGGCCCCCCACAAGGUAUGAGGGACAGUGGACCAGUCCCCUGCUGAAAAGGUUUGCUGACCUCUACGUAGCGUUUCAGAUUUUGGUCUAGGACAGAAGAAAUCAUAGAAAUCCCUACUUGAUCAUAAAGCUCGUCAGUUGACUUUGCACUAGUCACUUUCUCCCAGCCUGACUUUUUGGUUUGUGUGUGUGUCAGGGAACUGCCAUCGGAGCCAGGGGGAGAGGGAGGGCUCCAGAGCGAUUCCAGAGAGCGUCCCGGGAGGGAGAGAAGCAGCACAUCUUCUGGGGAAGGAAAUCAGCGUAGCACCAGUGGAGAAGGGGGGCAGAUGGGGGAAUCGGCGAGGUGGCUCCAUGACUCUUCGCCGGGGACCAGCGGGGAGAGCACGGGUCCUCCGCUGCCCACACCCUCCCUGCGCAGAAGGCUUCCGCGCAGGGAGACUAGGCGCCAAAGAACUUCUUUGCUGGAAGAAGUUCAAGAAACGCCCACUGACGGAUUCUGCCAGCGAUUGAGACAGCCACAGGCGAGUGGCUGUCCGGACAGAAAAGGUUCACUCAGGCAACCCAGCCAGGUGUGGCGCCGAUUUACGCACGAGCAACCCCUAGAACCAUUACAGUGUGUGUGUGUUGUUGUUGUUGUUGUUGUUGUUGUUGUUUUACACAGGGUUGCCAGAUUAAUAACCUGAGUGGGAGGAGAACUAUCUAUGCUUGUCUGAACCCCAUAGAGAGAGGACAGGAUUAUAAGUGACUAAUACCAAAGCCUUGUAGCUAAUUCCCACUCAGCGGCCCUGCGGUCACUUCUACUCUCUGCCUCACUUUCCCUCUGUGCUGCCCCUUCAGCUUGCCUUUCCUGGACCCACAAGUCCAAUUCUCCCGACCAGAAAUAGCAUAGGGACUAAUUCCAUUCCAGUUUCCAUGUCGCCACCGUGUUAGGCUCUCUGAUUUUCUUCUCUUUUCUUACUUGGAAAAAAGCUAGAGAGAGCAUUGUAAUCGUGGGGUGAAGUUUCCAUCGUCACUAUCCUGCAUCUUGGUUUUGCCAUCAGAAUACUGACAUUGCUGUUCACUGCAGGUGAAUGAAUGGGAAAUUAGAAGCCGCCCUGUUGGAUUGCCAUCCAAAAUGUGUGUGUGUUUUUCAGAGUUCAUUGCUUUUUAGAAAGAUCACUAAUUUUAGCUUCUUGAAGGUUCUGUUCUGUUGAUGAGCCAGCCUUUUCCUCCUCCCCCUCGUUUCUUUUAGCUCAUAGCUAAACGAAAAUCCAGAAUCUCCAAAGUAAUUGCAGGUAAGUGUGGGAUAAAUUGCCUUUUUUGUGUGUGUUCAAGAAUGAGGACGGCUUCACACAUGACAUUUGUGCGUGCCAUCUGGGUGAAAACAGUAAAAACAUUUAAUUAGCAGAAUGUACAAGUCUUGGGAGCUGCUGCCAGUUGUAGAUUCCUGCUGUGUGUAUACCCAGUGAAAUUAAUCUACCUUGGUUCUCAAACUUAAUCUGUUCCGGGAGUCCGUUCGGCUCCUGAAACCAUUCGAAAACCAAGGCACAGCUUCCAGUUGGCUGCAGGAGUUUCCUGCACUCAAAUGGAAGCUGUCUCGGACGUUCGGCUUCCGAAAAAACGUUCACAAACUGGAACACUUCCGAGUUUGUUUGGGAGCCGAUUUGUUCGACAACUAAGCCAUUCGAGAACCAAGGUACCACUGUAUGUAUGUUUCCUUAAAGACUGUUUACAAUACAUCUUUAACAUGUGGUUGUUUCUUGGCCCAUCCAAAGGGAAGUGAUAACUGUGUAAGAAAAAUCCUUCGUUAAGUGCCCUUGAGAGAAUUUCCCGACCUGAGUCUGCUAUGCUGGUAUCUGGUUUUGAAACUAUGCAGGCUAAGCAAAUGAAAGGAAUAUGGCCGUUUAUGAAUUGACCUGUACUGGGGUUUAUGGCCUGUGGCAGUUGCUAAUCAGUUCAUAAAGAUUUUUAAACUGCAGUGGUAUUUGACUAUUGGAUCUGAGCGAGUCUAAUCAUGCUGUAGCUGAAAUGGGAAAAAGAGUUGAUUAAAACACACACACAGGAAAACAGUUGAUGUUCAAAGUACUACAUUUGCGUUAAUGUUGCGAGUUAUUGGAGUCUGAUUGAGCCUGUCCUCCCACAGCUUAAUUGCAUUAAUGCAGGCACAGGCAAACUCGGCCCUCCAGAUGUUUUGGGACUACAACUCCCAUCAUCCCUAGCUAACAGGGCCAGUGGUCAGGGAUGAUGGGAAUUGUAGUCUGAAAGCAUCUGCAUUAAUGCAACUGUAAUGUUGACUUCCUGCAAAUCAUGGUUAGUCUUCCUCAUAGCCCAAUUGAUUUAGCCGUUCAUUGGCACCAGUGUUAAUUGAGGGCAAAGUUGUCUAGGGUUUUCGUCAGGGAUCUGAACCUGCAGAUUGAUAUCAGUCAAGCUUCUGUUGAAAAUACCCGAAAUAUUUCCUCUUUCUGUAUGUAACGUUGUGGUGUUUGUUUACCAAUAAUGUGAGUUUUGUAUGUUUGGCAGUUAAUGUUUGGUACCAUUUGGGUUACCGUAAAAGCAAACUACGACACCUGCGUAGUUCUGCUUUGUGAAUAAGCCCACAAAAGUCAUUAGCCUACUGGGGGCUGACAGAGGAGAGGCUGAGAUCUCACUUGCAUUCAUCCACUGCCUUUCUGUGAUGGACACAAGGGAAGGGGCUUUCCUCUUCUGGCUUCCUCCUUAGUUUUUGUGCUGGCCACUAAGAGAAAACAGAAUACUCAAUUUCUGCCCUGGUUGUUUGCUUACUUGCCUGCAUGGAAUUCCUUGUCGCCUAUGGCUACCAGGCCAGGGCUUAAAUCCAAGGUUGGCAUUGGUACUGCAGCUCAUAUGACCUUAAUGCAUUUUUUAAAGUGCAAUUAUGGGCUUGGCAAAGUCAUAGCAGAUGAGAUGACAAACUGCUGCAGAAACGCCAUGAUCUUCCUGGUAUGAAAAUGCAUAAAGUAUGAGCUUCCAAAGGUUUCUCUAUUCCAAAUUCUAUGCAGAUAAGCCACCAGCUUCUUCAGAAGGUUCAGAACUUGUCUGAUUGAAAUAUAACUUUACCCUUGAAAAGAGGAUCCUUUUCCCCCCCGUUACCGAGAGUACUAUUUUUUAAAUAAAAAAAACGUAGUUGGUUUUCAUUGAUCAUGAUAUAUUAUUGCAUAUUUAAGCGGGGGUCAAAUUCUCCCUGUCCUUGUCCUGUUUCACUGUGGAUCUUGCCAGCAAAGCUGUUUUUAAUUAACCACAAGUUCAGCAAGGUUACUCCAAUGCAGAGAGGUUCUCUGGAGGCAGCCAGCCAUUUGGAUACGAAGAACUCUAUCUGGGAUUUAUGGUAACCAAUUCCCAUAUAGCCCAGGAUCUAUUUGUGCUUCAGCUUGAUUUGGGGAGUUGAUGUCGAACGAAGGUCAAAAUUGGGUUCAUGUUGUAGCUGGAGGGUAUGCAUGCUGUUUUUACUUUUACUUUUUUUGUUUACUUUUUUAAAAAAAGUACCUAGCCCACCUUAUCUCAGCAGGACAGAUUUCAGCAAAUCUUCUACAGCAAGCAGGGAUGGACUUGGGGUAGAAAACCAUGUAUAAACAACCUUUCCUGACCUGAGGCUGGUGUAAAGUCAGAAAUAAAUUGCAUAUAAUAGCUGAAAAACCCAGUUUCUGUGAGAAUGAUACCUCUUUCCAAAUCCAUCUUCUGUGGACCAUUCCUUUCCCCCUCCCAAUAAGCCCAAUAAGUAAGUUCCUUGGAUUCAAUAGGACUUAUUCCCUAGGAGUGAAAGAAUGUGCAUAGGAUUCCAGACUUAACUUCUGAGCAGCUAUUCAAAGGAUUGUGCUGACUGGCAUUUUCAAAUGCCAUUUAGAACUGUGAAGCAUAGAGUUGUCUUGUCCUGUCGGGGACUGUGGGCGCUUCGUUCUCUCCUAAAUUACCCGUAGCUUAUUUCAAACAUCUCGUAUCGUUGCGCCACUUCCUUUCGGAGUUUUGCUUUCAUAUGAGGAGAUCAGCCGUGCAUUAAAAGUCUCCUGCUCUCUUGAGUCAAAAUGGUAUUCUUCAGUUUCCAUGGAUGGUGAUCCUGUUCAAACAAACAAGACUUUUGUGAAGGAAGGUGACGAAGUGAAACAAAGUGUAAUAAGAUGCAACAUCUCAAAACUGCUGGUACCAGCAUGAAUACUUUUUUUAUCUCCUGUAUUUUUUGAAAGGCAUCCAAAAAUUUGUUUCUUUGUGCAUUCUUCCUCCCCACCCCCACACACUCCAGCUGAAUCCAUUUAUAUAGUGAACUACUUUUUUUUACCAGCCCUUAAUUAAACCUGUGGAACAGGGAAUAGAAAUUGAGAUCUGUAUUAUUUUUAUUCUCAGUUUUUAAUUGUCAGUGGGUAAGAGCAAAGGAAGACAGUACAGUGGUACCUCAGGUUACAUACGCUUCAGGUUACAUAUGCUUCAGGUUACAGACUCCACUAACCCAGAAAUAUUACCUCAGGUUAAGAACUUUGCUUCAGGAUGAGAACAGAAAUCGUGCUCUGGUGGCGUGGCGGCAGCGGGAGGCCCCAUUAGCUAAAGUGGUGCUUCAGGUUAAGAACAGUUUCAGGUUAAGAACAGACCUCCAGAACGAAUUAAGUACUUAACCCGAGGUACCACUGUAUUUAAAAACUGCCAUAUUCACAGAGUUGUCGCAAGGAUUUACAGCUAGAUAACACGUGUGUGAGCUGCUCUGAACACUUCAGAGUUCUGUACAAAUCUUGAGGCAGUUGGAAGCAUGAUCAGGGGAUUUGUACCUGCGCAAAGGCUUUUUGUGUAGUUGGGAAUGGGGAAAGCAUGCUUUACUGUUUGGAAAAAAGAUAUAUAUUUUAGUACAGUGGUACCCCGCAAGACGAACGCCUCGCAAGACGGAAAACCCGCUAGACGAAAGGGUUUUCCGUUUUGGAGGCGCUUCGCAAAACGAAUUUCCCUAUGGGCUUGCUUCGCAAGACGACAGCCCAUAGGGAAAUCUCAGGGACAGCGGGGAAGCGCAGCGCGCCUUCCCCACUGUCCUCGGACCUCCUCCGAAGCCUGGCGGCGGGGCGGGGACACCUCCUCCCGCCGCCGCCGGGCUCGGAAGGCUCCUCCGGCCGGGCGGGGGGAGGGAACACCUAGCCGCCGCCGCCCGGCUUCGGAACGGUGCCCGGGCCGGGCGGGGGGAGGGAACACUCAGCCGCCGCCGCCCGGCUCGGAACGGUGCCCGGCCGGGCGGUGGGGAGGAAGACCUCCGCCGCCCGGCUCGGAACGGUGCUCCGGCCGGGCGGGGGAGGGAACACCUCCGCCGCCGCCCGGCUUCGGAACGGUGCUCCGGCCGGGCGGGGGAGGGAAGACCUCCGCUGCCGCCCGGCUUCGGAACGGUGCUCCGGCCGGGCGGGGGGAGGGAAGACCUUCUGAAGGCGGGCGGGGGCGAAAGUCUUUGCUCCCCUGCCUGCCUGUCCCGGAGGGCUUUUGAAGGCGGGGGGAGCAAGACUUCGCCCGCCCGCCUUCAGAAGAGGUCCAGGACCUCUUCUGAAGGCUGGCGGGGGCAAAAGUCUUUGUCCCCCUGCCUGCCUUCCCAGGGGCUUUGAAUUGCCCCGGACAGCGGAGAAGUCCUCCGCUGUCCCGGGGUGAUUUUAAAUGCCGCCCGCCAGCAUUUUAAGAUCGCCUGGACAGCGGAGAAGUCCUCCGCUGUCCCGGGUUUUUAAAAUGCUGGGGGUGGGAAGAAAAGCCCUUGCCUCCCCCAGCCUUCAGAAGAGGUCCGGGGACAGACUGUCCCCGGACCUGGUCUGAAGGCGGCUUCCUAGGAACGCAUUAAUUGAUUUUCAAUGCAUUCCUAUGGGAAACCGUGCAUCGCAAGACGAAAAACUCGCAAGACGAAGAGACUUGCGGAACGAAUUAAUUUCGUCUUGCGAGGCACCACUGUAGAUGGAUCUGGUUCCUGAUUCAGAUUACUUCAAUUCGUUUGUCGGUUCUGAACAUUCUGUUUAAAGUUUUGUCAUCACUUCCGCUUCCUCUCUGUAGACAGUUGCACCACAAGGAUACUGGCAGCCUUAUGAAAACGUGAGAUAUGAAAUGAAAAGGGGCAGACUCCACAGCGAGCAGAGGAGAGCAGGCAGUUCAUCCUGGCCAGGAAACAAGCCUCAAGGCCCCAAGAGGAGGGCCACUGCUAUUUUCACUAGGCAGAACAACCAAGAAGGCCAUUUUGUUUCACACAGCCAGUUGGACUGAAACACAAUAGCAGACCUUGAGCUUUAGCCCUGUAUGGGGGGAAAACCUAAGACCGUGUCUUGACAGUGGUCUGGUGAAAGGUUAAACUGCUGCAUGCAGACCCAGCCCCAAACAUCGCCAUCUGUGUCUGCGGCUCUUUUAGAGGUUCUGAAAGAGCAUACAAUUGAGCUGGCCCUGGCUUAGGGUCAGAAGAAGCACCUUAGGUUCAAUUUGGGGCCUUUUAUGCAUAACGAAUGGGACGCGCUGUGGGUUAAACCACAGAGCCUAGGACUUGCCGAUCAGAAGGUCGGCAGUUCGAAUCCCCAUGACGGGGUGAGCUCCCGUUGCUCGGUCCCUGCUCCUGCCAACCUAGCAGUUCAAAAGCACGUCAAAGUGCAAGUAGAUAAAUAGGUACCGCUCCAGCAGGAAGGUAAACGGCGUUUCUGUGCGCUGCUCUGGUUCGCCAGAGCAUGCUGGCGACAUGACCCGGAAGCUGUACACCGGCUCCCUUGGCCAAUAAAGCAAGAUGAGCGCUGCAACCCCAGAGUCGGCCAUGACUGGACCUAAUGGUCAGGGGUCCCUUCACCUUUACUCUUCAUAACAAAGCACAAAGCUGGCAUAGGCAGUCUCCUGGGCUUCCGCACCAACAGUGCCUAGCUCUAGGGCAGUGUUCCCCAAAUUUCGGUCUCCGGCUGUUUUUGGACUACAACUCCCAUCAUCCCUAGCUAGCAAGGCCAGCAGUCAGGAUUGAUGGGAAUUGUAGUUCAAAAGUAGCUGGAGACCCCAGUUUGGGAAACACUCCUGCAGGAGGUUUCACUAGAGGGAGACAUUAUUGGGUAUGGGGUCCUGGAGAGCCUUUACACACCUAUACUGACUGAGGGAUGGAUUAUAUUUCUAUGCCGCAUUUCAUUCAAAUGAAUCCCAAAGCAGCUUACAAACAAUAAAUAACAGCAACAAGAUAGAACAUAACAGAACAUCACAAAUAUAGAAUCAUUAACAAAUCCUCUGUGAAACAUUUACAAUAUAAAACACUGUUAACAAAGCCACAACUAAGGAAUGAGCUAAACAUCACAGUUUUUUUAAAAAAAAAUAUAUUUUUAUUAAAGAUUUCUUGGUUUACAAAAGUAUGUGCAACACCUCAUUUUUCAAGUUACAUUUUCUACAGAUCAGUUUCGUUUGUUGAGACAUUAGUGUUACAUGGGGAAAAGGGGGAAAGAGGUGGAGGGCGAAAUGGUGAGUGGGCUGGGGUCGGGUGGCAAUGCUUCUAUUCUGCUUAGUGUAUGUGUGGGGUUUUGUGUCAGCAUCACUUGCGUGGGUUCUCUUUACUAUUCACUUGUAUCCCUUUGGUGGUGAGAGACGUUGGGGUUCGUCUAGGGUGUGGUUACAGUGGUACCUCGGGUUACAUACGCUUUAGGUUACAUAUGCUUCAGGUUACAGACUCCGCUAACCCAGAAAUACUACCUCAGGUUAAGAACUUUGCUUCAGGAUGAGAACAGAAAUCGCGUGGCGGAGGCGCAGCCUCAGCAGGAGGCCCCAUUAGCUAAAGUGGUGCUUCAGGUUAAGAACAGUUUCAGGUUAAGAACGGACCUCCGGAACAAAUUAAGUAUGUAACCAGAGGUACCACUGUAUUUGUUUGUGAUUGGCUGUAGUGAACUUUAUUUUCAUGUGUGAGUGGGGUGUGUGUGUAUGUGUGUUUGGGUCAGCUUAGCCAGAUUGAUUCGAAUGCUGUUGGCGGGUUCUUGUUGUCUUGUUGGGCUGUGUAUGUGAUAAAGGAUAACCAUAUUGGGGUGAAGGCAUUCUCUUCUAUUUGUCCCCAUGUCAGUUUCAAUUUAUUGGUUAGUUUUUCUAAUAAGGCAGUUUCCCAUUCUAUUUGAUACCAUUGGUCCAUGCUUACUCCUGACAGGUCUCUCCAGUGUCUGACUGCCAUCAAACAUCACAAUUAAAGCAAAAUUCUUAUGAUACGAUUAACAAAUCAAUAGGGCAUUUAUAAUCUAAGAAACAAUAGUAAACAAAACAGCUGCCAAAGAAUAAACUAAGCCCCGUCAAGUUCAUACACACUCUCUCCCCAGCCCUGUGACUCAUAAUCUUUCAUUUUAUUCAGCUCACUAAAACACACAUCCACAUAAUGCUUGUGGCAGCAACUCCAUUCUGAAGGUUCCUCGGGUUGGAGUAGUAGUGCAGCGACUGAUGUAGCCGCAGCAACAGGGGGUGGUCUGUGUAUGGGGGGGUGGUGUCUAGGGCAGCAGGUCUUCCUUGGACAGUAGAGAAUGUCUUGCUCUGGCAAUGUGUGUCUUCAGCAAACGCAGUAUACAGCAGGCUUGGAGAACCUGUGGCCCUCCAGAUGUUGUGGGACUACAUGCCUGACCCAUUGGUCAUGCUGGCUGUGGCUGAUGGGAGUUGGAGUUCAACAAUAACAACAACAACAAAAUUUAUUAUUUAUACCCCGCCCAUCUGGCUGGGUUUCCCCAGUCACUCUGGGCAGCUCCCAACAAAAUAUUAAAAAUAAAACAAAACAUCAGACAUUUAAAGCUUCCCUAAACAGGGCUGCCUUCAGAUGUCUUCUAAAAGUCAGAUAGUUGUUUAUUUCCUUGACAUCUGAAGGGAGGGCGUUCCACAGGGCAGGUGCCACUACCAAGAAGUCCCUCUGCCUGGUUCCCUGUAACCUCACUUCUCACAGGGAGGGAACCACCAGAAGGCCCUCAGAGCUGGACCUCAGGGUCUGGGCUGAAUGAUAGGGGUGGAGAUGCUCCUUCAGGUAUACUGGGCCGAGAUCUGGAGGGCUGUAAGUUUCCCAUUCCUGGUGUAGGGAAACAUGAAGCACGGGCAUAAAUGACAUGGGUGCCUAGUGUAAUACAUUAAAAGUUAUCAGAGCUUCGAUGCUAUUUGCUUCUGUUUGUCUUAAAUGAAAGAUGUGAGGAUGUUUUCAGUUGUUACCACCUCUGCAGAUUAAAGUUGAAGUUACAAAUAACAUGUCUCUUUUUUAAAAUAUAAUUUUAUUGAGACAUUUCGACAUACAACAAAAAACAGAAACAAAACAAAAAAUAGGGAAGACAGAGGAUCUCCAAAUUAUAGUGUUGUGAUAUUGCAGAAGCAGCUGUGAUUUGAGACCAAAGGCAGCUUGAUUUAUUUAAACGAGGUCUAGAAUUUUGCCCAACUUGGUUUAUGUCUGCUGAAAGAUGUCAUCAAGACUUUUUUUUGGUUAUGACCUCUUCCAUAUCCAUAAGAAUGAAAUAAAAGCUUUGAUGCCUUGUGUACAAAUGCUUCUAAACAACCAUUCGUUUUUAAUAUAUUCAAGGCAUCUUAGUAAGAAUGGAAGCAUCCGAACAGCAGAUUUUAUUUAAGUUGGUAUCUUGCAAUCAGCAUGUAGUCGGAAAUAAUUAUUGUAAAUGCGCUUGCAGCUUCAAACACUCAAAACGUGCAUCCGUUUAAAGUUGUCUUGCCUGCAAUCCUGAAAAGAUAAUCCCUUUUAUCUCUUACCAUGCCUUUUUUUCAAGUUUUCAUUUCUAAGCUUUGUUAUGAUUGAUGUUGUAAUAAAUGAUUUUUUUUUUUUAACAAGAGAAUAUGGGAAUAAAUUCAAAUACAGUCAACCUAAAAUCCUCUGGAUUCUGCUUUGUUCCAUAAGCUUUCCCAUUUCUAUUCUUUGGUGUUCAGUACCUUACAAUAGUAAAGAUGCCCGCAGCUGAUAUUUUUCUGGUAAUUUGGCAUACUCGUUUUAUUUGAAGCGGCAAGCAAAGAUUUUGUUAGAAAAUUUAAGUAAUUAGGUUCUAGGAUUAGCUCUUCCCUUGAAAAGGGAAGCAGCAACUGGGGGACAAAAUGUGAAUUAGCUUGAUGGAAGCAACAGUAGUAGCUGGUAAUGGGAAAGCAUAAACCAGGGUUCAGACAGGAUAUCUGUAAAGCCCUAAAGCUCCAUCCUUAAACCAUGUUUUGCGCUCCAUAUUUAGGAUGUGCAUCUAAAAAGUAAAAUGUGAAUACGAUAAAUGCUUGCAUUGUACAGGCACCCUCAUCUAAAAUCAUGAUUGGCUGCAAACAAUUCUAUUUUUCUAGAAAAAGAAAUGCAAUGGUGCCCACCUGAGAACUGCCAGGACUGAGCUCCUACUGGAAAAAAAGCUCUGGCUGCAACUAUCUGUUAGAAUUCCUGCUCCCUGAUUGCAGUCAUGGGAUUUUUGUAUAUCACAUGACGUGGUAUGUUUUGACUCCACAGAGUGGGAAGUGACGGAAACAGGACGUUUGUGUUACUGUGUUCCGUAAAGUGGGACUAUUGUCCUUUGUUCUCUCUCUUUGCUGUCUGAUGCUAGAGAGAGAGGGAGCCAUGUUGCAGUGCUCCGUGUGUGUUUAUAUGUAAAUAAAGUAGAUUAGCCAAAAUGCUGAGUUGCUGGGGUCUGUCACGCAAGCUGUGAAGACUCUGCGGAUCCCUAAGUGUGCCGAUGUCUGUUGGCAUCGGUCGCUGUGAUGUUCGGGCUGAAGAAAGCUUUUGAAGCUCCUGAAUGAUCGACCAGGAGGGAGGGAACAUGCAUGUCGGGCAUGUCUCUCUACCAGGGUCCUACUCAAGUGUAGAAUGAGCUCCUGACAGGAUGUACAUGGGUGGGAAACUUUUAUUUGCCUCCUGUGUAAUUACUCCUUACUCAAAAGAGAACAGGUCUUCUUUACCUUUAUUAUUAUUAUUUAUUAAAUUUGUAAACUGCCCUUUAUCCGUAGGUCUCAGGGCGGUUUGCAACACAAAAUUACACAAUAUAAAAGCACAAAAUACAUUUCAAUAUAACAAUUGACUAUAGGUAUACAAACUAAUAAAAAUACACUCCCCGCCAAAAGCCCUAGCCCAUAAAUACAAACAUCCAAAUUAACAUACAACAUUUAAGAACCCUCUCAAAUAAAACAACACCAACCCAAGUUAAAAUCCCAUGCCCCAUUAAAUAAUUUUAGCGCAAGAGGGUUGGCCCAUACCCUUGAUCUGCCCCUGAAGUGCCACCUCCCAAGGGACAACUCCCUUUGGUGUCUGCCCUUCAGGAGUGGCCUGGCUGGGGGGCCACCAGGACAGGCAGACUUUAUAGAGCUGCCCAGCAACUGGUCAUGCCUAGCUAGGGCAGCAGGCGUUUCCAGUGCUGCUUUAAUAUCUUAAAUGCACGACAAGCUGUACCCUUCUACACAAUUAUUAGCGUUGCGGGAGCCCUGUCAUCUUCUGUAUUUUUUGGGAUAACGUUUUAUUAAUUUUCCAAAAAUAACAGAAAUAAAAACAAACAUCAAAACCAAAUAGAUUGACUUCCCACUAGUCCCUUCCUUGGUUCAAUUAUAUAUCAACAUACCGCAUGUCCAUUGUUGAAUUUGAAACCCAGUUAAAUUACCAGCUAUUAUCCAUUCUUAGGACGCGGGUGGCGCUGUGGGUUAAACCACAGAGCCUAGGGCUUGCCGAUCGGAAGGUCGGCGGUUCGAAUCUCCGCAACGGGGUGAGCUCCCGUUGCUCGAUCCCUGCUCCUGCCAACCUAGCAGUUCAAAAGCACGUCAGAGUGCAAGUAGAUAAAUAGGUACCGCUCUGGCAGGAAGGUAAAUGGCAUUUCCAUGCGCUGCUCUGGUUUGCCAGAAGCGGCUUAGUUAUGCUGGCCACAUGACCUGGAAGCUGUAUGCCGGCUCCCUCGACCAAUAAAGUGAGAUGAGUGCCGCAACCCCAGAGUCGGCCACGACUGGACCUAACGGUCAGGGGUCCCUUUACCUUUAUCCAUUCAUAAGAAAAUUACAAGUAGUUUUAAAACCCUGCUAAUCUAUUAACCUGUGUACAAUGCUUCUGUAUAUAGGCAAUAAACAUCUUCCAUUCUUCUUUAAGUUCGUUGUCAUAUCUUCCUCUUAGUUUCGUUGUCAAUUUUGCCAUUUCAGCAUAUUCCAUUUUAGUUUAACUUGCCAAUCUUCUUAAGAAACAUAGGAAGCUUCCUUAUGUUGAGCCAUUGGCUCAUCUAACUCAGCAUUGUCCACUGACUGGCAGCGGUUGACCAGAGUUUCAGACCAGGGCCUCUCCCAGCCCUACCUGAAGAUGUCUGAACCAGGCACGUUCUACGUGCAAAGCAGAUGCUCUGCUCCUUCCCCAGGUAAACAUGAGUCUCUUUCGAACUCACAAGUUAAGCAUUGACGGUCUGGGCUAUUGGUUUUAAUUAAUUGCUUGAGAAUAAUGCAAUAGCCGCGUUAAUGGCAAACUUAAAUAAGGUAAAGGACCCCUGACCAUUAAGUCCAGUCACGAACGACUCUGGGGUUGCGGCGCUCAUCUCGCUUUAUUGGCCGAGUGAGCCGGCGUACAGCUUCUGGGUCAUGUGGCCAGCAAAACUAAGCCGCUUCUGGUGAACCAGAGCAGCGCAGGGAAACACCGUUUACCUGCCAGAGCAGUACCUAUUUAUCUACUUCUCUACUUAUAUUAUUAUUAUUAUUAUUAUUAUUAUUAUUAUUAUUAUUAUUAUAUCUACUUGCACUUUGAUGUGCUUUCGAACUGCUAGGUUGGCAGGAGCUGGGACUGAGCAAUGGGAGCUCACCCCGUUGUGGGGAUUCGAACCGCCGACCUUCCGAUUGGCAAGCCCUAGGCUCAGUGGUUUAACCCACAGCGCCACCCGCGUCCCUUGGCAAACUUAACUCUUGGUAAAAUGUUGUGCGUUAGCCUUGUGCAUCGACGUAUUCAUCAAAUGAAUUAAAAGCCGAGUGAGUCUUGUAACUUGGUUUCUGUUGAUGUGGACUGUGUUUGCUGUGCUGGUUUGUAAUUGUUCUGGUUCCCAGGUGGAAUUGAAAGCGAGGCUUUGGGUGAGCUGCAAAAGUGGGUAUCUCCCAACUGAGUUUUGCACGUCACCUCAUAACAGUUUCACUGCAGGCUUUGACUCACAAUGUUUCGGGCCUGUGCAGUGCUACUUCAGAUUAUACGUGGGGGUUUGUGAUGGAUUGAUCCUUCAUAUGAAAAGAAAAAACACACCCAGAAAAGCACAUAGAACUUUUCUCACUAGCUACAUUUACAUUUCCUGUCAGAGGCUUGGCACAGUGUACACAAAAAACACCUUUUGAAGAUGAUGGGUGACAGAGGCUUGAACAAAGAAGUGAAAUCCUGAGAGAAAAAUCUUGUGCUUCUUGAUAGAAUCACAGAGUUGGACACCCCCCCCCCGGAUGGGCCUGUACAUAUUGGGCUAGAAGCCUCCUUCAAGUAUUUGGGUCCCAAGCCAUUAAAAUACAGUUGUACCUUGCUUUUAGAAUUUAAUCCGUUCCGGGAGUGCAUUUGAAUCCCGGACGAGUUUGAAAACCAAGGUGCGGCUUCUUAUUGGUUGCAGGAAUGUCCUGCAACCAAUUGGAAGCCACACUGGACGUUCGGCUUCUGAAAAUCGUUCAAAAACCGGAACAACCGCUUCCGGUUUUCAAUUGCUCGGGAGCUGAAAUGUUCAAGUUCAAAGGUGUUCGGCUUCCGAGGUUCCACUUACAAGUUUCAGAACCUUAAAUUGGGCCCAGUUCCCAAAGACAUGGUGUCACAUGAUUGCAUCUCAGGACACUGUACCCCUAAAAAAUACUUCGGUAAAAGCAUCACGAGCAUUUGACCAGGGCUGAACACCCCUAAUUCAAAUGUGUGCAUCCAUGGUGAGCACAGCCUGCUCAUCUCAUUCUGCUGCCUCCCCUUUCCUUGGCCCCAAAGACAAGAACUUGGCAUUGGGUUGAGCAGUAGGGAAAUGGUACAUAUUCCCCUAUCCUUAGAGGAGCCUCUUUUAUCAUCAGAGAUGGGACUUAGAAAGCCUUCUCCCUAGUAGAAGUAAUAUGUAAGCAGCAGUGUUUACUCUCUGGGAUAGGUUGAUCGUUGCUUUUCCCCUUUGCUGCAUUUGGUGGUAAGUCCUUGGCCUUUGGGGGUGGGGAAGGAGAAGGAGGUGGAGCUUAAUCUGAGUGCCUUUAAUUUAAUUUAAUUUAAUUUAUUCUUAAAGUGUAUUCCACUUUCCCUCCAGGGAGCCCAGCAUGGUUCCCACCCUCUUCAUUGCAUCCUCACAACUCCUUUGUGGCCAAUUAAAGCAUCUGAAGUGGGUCUCCAAGGUCCUAGUCCAGCACUCUAACCACUAUACCACACUGUCUCUCUGUAUGAGCCUUUUUACAAGCUUUUUGUCAGCACUUCAUGUGAGCGCUCACGAAACUCAAACUUUUGUGUUUUUUUAAAAUAUAUUUUUAUUAAACAAUUUCAAUCAAACAGAUUAGUCAAAUAAUCACUUACAUUAUACCCCCCCUUUUUAUUCCCCCCAUCCCUCCCUCCCCCCCCCCCGCCCAGGACUUCCAUCAGCUCCCUCUCUGAUUUAUUUGCACAUAUUGCUCUUUUUCAUGUAAAAAACUGUACAUAUCAUUACAUCAUCUGUCCUAUAUUCUAUUAAUAAAUUUGUGGAUGUUUAUUCAAAACCUGCCACGGAGUCCAAAUCAUUUUGUUGUUUUUUCCUAAAUAGUCUGUAAAAAGUUUCCAAUCUUCUUUGAAGUCCCGAUUGUCCUUCUCCCAUAGCUUGUUUGUCAGUUUUGCCAACUCUGCAUAACUCAUCAAUUUUUCUUGCCAUUGUUCUUUCGUUGGGAUUUCCUCCUUCUUCCAUCCUUGUGCUAAUAAGACUCUUGCCGCUGUUGUAGCAUACAUAAAUAGAUUCUUUAAUUUUGUGGGCAGGUUUCGUCCUAUAAGCCCUAACAAAAAUGCUUCCGCCUUCUUUAUAAAUGACAUUUUAAACAUUUUUUUUCCAAUUCAUUAUAUAUCAUUUCCCAAUUUUUAAAAAUUUCUCUACAUUCCCACACAAAAGUCAAACUUUCAGGGGUCAAAUAUUUUGAAAGCACACUGUGCAGAUACAUCACUGCAGCUGAGCGGGUCUGGAUCUGUCCAAUGCCUUAAUACAGAGACCAUCAGGCAGGGCCAACGUCAGAAUGUGGCAUCCUUUGGUAGUUUCCAGAGCUCAAACGCUGAUGCUUGCUCAGUGCCCCUAUUUAAAACAAAACAGAAGUAGUCCAACACUGAUGAGCCAGUGUGGUGUAGUGGUUAAGAGUGGUAGUCUCGUAAUCUGGUGAACCGGGUUCGCGUCUCCGCUCCUCCACAUGCAGCUGCUGGGUGACCUUGGGCCAGUCACACUUCUCUGAAGUCUCUCAGCCCCACUCACCUCACAGAGUGUUUGUUGUGGGGGAGGAAGGGAAAGGAGAAUGUUAGCCGCUUUGACAUUCCUUAAAGGCAGUGAAAGGCGGGAUAUCAAAUCCAAACUCCUCUUCUUCAAUGGUUUGGGCGCUCCAGACAGACUUGAGUUCUCCCUGCCACUUAAAUUUAACAAAAUGCUAUCAAAGCAUGAUACUGGGAGCCAGGAUUCCGGGAAAUUUAAAUACCAGCAAGACUGGGUUGCUUGGAGUGCUGCUACUUGCCUCCCACAAUUGUCAGGUAAGCCUGCCAGGGCCCAUUGAUGGAAGAACGAGCCCAGCAGAGGGCACUUUGCUUAAAGCAAGAGAUGCUAUGCAUGUCCCUCCCAGUGAUUUGGAAGACAGACACAUAAUACUGUUGCAAGGACUUUGGUGCAGUAAGCUUGAUAGCACACACUUCUGCCAGGCCUAUUGUAAAUAAACGUACAGUGGUACCUCGGGUUAAGAACUUAAUUCGUUCUGGAGGCCCGUUCUUAACCUGAAACUGUUCUUAACCUGAGGUACCACUUUAGCUAAUGGGGCCUCCCGCUGCCGCUGCCCGAUUUCUGUUCUCAUCCUGAAGCAAAGUUCUUAACCCGAGGUACUAUUUCUAGGUUAGCGGAGUCUGUAACCUGAAGCGUCUGUAACCUGAAGCAUCUGUAACCUGAGGUACCACUGUACUUGAAAGGAAGUUGGGAGAAAAUUGGUUUUCUGGUUCUCUCCCGCGGUACCUGGAAGCACAGGCUAUAUCCUUUUACAUGAUACUAAAGCUCCAAUAAUAGCCACAUAAACCUGUACCAUUGUGUCACGAUGUUCUUGGCUGCGCCUCAGUUUUUAAUUCACAAGAGUAUCCUGAAGGGCUUACUGGGUUUCUUAUUGGUAGCAAUUCACAUCUGCUGUAGACUUGUACUUUGGGGUCAUGUUUCUGCUGUUCAGUGACAAAAAACAACAGCAACCCUUGAAUGAACAUUGACUGCUUAUUGUGACCUUCGUUGUGUAUUGCUUGCAAGAUCUGCGGUUUGGCUUCUUUACUUUUUAAUGGGCUGGACUGCUCGUCGUGAAACUGUAUUGAAUCUCCGAAUUAAGACAUUUGAUACGUGAAAGGAGAGUUUGCCUCAUCUUGUUUUAUCAUUAGCAGUAGAAUGCUGGAAUCAUAUUUUUGGAUCGAGAUGAAAUUAGUUGCCUUUAGGCUCCAUUUCAGUCAAUGGAAUCAAUUAGAUUUAUUCUGUCUCGUUUUCGCAGAUGGGUAAGAUGCCUAAAGCAUGGAAUUCUGGAGGAAAAACAGCUGCAAAGCCUAAUCUGAAUCUCUGUGCUCAUUUUCUGCUGUAUGUCUCUCCCUACUUGGUUGACCCUCAAGAGGCUGUUCAUACCAAAUGUCACUUUCAGAGGCAAAAAGCCCCGAUCUAGAUCAGGAAGAUGUUCCAGAUUGGGGGUCUACAGCUUUCCCCCAAAAUAAAAACAGUUAGGUUAAGCACACACUUAGAUAUGCGACAAGCAAUGUGUGUAGUUCAAUGUCAGUUUCAGGCACCAAUACCAGUUCCGCCUCUUCCGUCUUGUGGGCUUCUGCUACCUGAGGCAGCCGCCUUAAAUUGCCUAAUGGCAGAGCUGGCUCCACCUGAACAGGGAGAGAAGGAGAAAGAUGUAUGCAAGUGGGUUUCUCUUGAGCUCUUCAGAAUUUUAUGGGAAAUCGUAUGGAAAUACAAAUCAUAUGGGAAAUUUCUUAAACGUUCACGGCAGAUUUUAUUUUGCGUGGUUUAAUCCUGGGCAAUGCGCGUGUUAUGUUUAUGUGUUUGCUCUCUCUAGAUUGCUUCCUCAGAGGUGUAGUUUUUAUGAACUGGUUUUUCAUUCAAUGCAGUGCUUCAUUUGGUCUGAAAAUACAGUGUGGGCUGCUAUUCAGCAAGCAGACUGAUGACUCACCCCUUUGCCUUGCUGACUUUUUGUAGCUGAUUCUAUCGCUUAACGUACCUAAGGUCUAAUAGGUUUCUAAUGAGAUGUUAACAGCAUCCAAGGGUAGAUGUUGUACUGCCACAGAAUGAUUUCUUUUCCCUGGAACACCACCAACUCUGUUGCUCUUAGAUCUUCUGCAGCAUGUCUGCUGUGGUUGUUUACACUUUAGACUUCGGGUCAAAAUGUGUGUGUGACAAGCCCUCAGCAGCCCUACUAUUUUUGUCUGGGGAAAAUUGGGCUCGCCACAUGGGCAGCGUGUACUGAAGUUCUCACCCUGGGCCAGCAGGGGGAUACUGUAGCUAGUUUUCACUCAGGUCCACAUAUGCAAAUCAGGGAUUGGAAGUGACGUUCAAUGAUUGGAUAGUUACAGAAAGUUGUUACUGUUGCUUUGUAGUUGAGCUCUAUAUAAGCAGGCUGGCUGAACCCUUCAAUUCAGUUCUGUUCUGGCCUGUGAAUAAACAAGAGCUGUUUGAAGAAUCUCUGUGUCGUCUGAUAUGUUCACCCACAACUUAACAGUGCGCUUGUUUGCUUAAAACAUUUCCCUGCCCACUGCAGUUCUCGUCCACAUCUCUCCCCUCCCACGCAGAACUGCUUUUAUGAGGACCAUUGCUCAGUGAUAGAUAGGGCUGGGUGAUCUAUCAGAAUACUGUCCCAAACUGAUUUGAAGUCCAUAUAUGUGAUAUCGGUUUCAUAAUGUUUGACCAAUAUAUCGCGAAUCAUGAUGUGUGUAUGUUUGCUUUUGCAAAAAUUACAAUGUGGGGGAAACUGUGAAGCCAGCCGGUGCCUGGACAUAACUCCAUCAUUUCAGACAUUGUGAUGUUUAGCUGGUGAUAUAUCAGUGUGGAAAACCAGACAUCAGCCAGCCGUAGUGGUAGACCAGAUGCCUUGCAUGGAAAAGGUCCCAGGCCCAACCCUUGGUGUCUCUAUAUAGGCCUCUGAAAAGCUCCAUGGAGACCCUCUGCCAGUCCAAGUAGACAACACUGACCUUGGUAGACCAAAGGACUGACUAUAUCUAUCUAUCUAUCUAUGAACAUAAAUAAAGUAAAAUAAAGAAAUGAAUAAAAUACCACACACAUAUAUAUGGUAUUUUAUUCAUUUCUUUAUUUACUUUCAUUUACAGCAGUGUUUCCCAAGCUUUGGUCGCCAGCUGCUUUUGGACUACAACUCCCAACGUCCCCAGCUAGCAAGACCAGUGGGCAAGGAUGAUGGGAAUUGUAGUCCAAAAGCAGCUGGAGACCCAAGUUUUAGUAACACAGAUUUCCAUAGCACCAAAGACAACACAGUGCCAGCAUGCCUGCUGAUCUGUUCCAAUUGGUGGUGUGAUGUAUGCCAGGGGGCCCACAGCCUUUUCUGGUGCCCACAGGGUUCUCCUCCCCCCCCCCCCCCAGAUUGCCCCACCAAAAUUAGGCAUGAAAGCAGCACUCUGUUGUAGCCAGUAGAAUAGUUUGCAAGGUAAGAGGAGUGCCCAUGAACAUUUUUCCCGUUUGCAAAUGUAGGCGCCCCUGAGCCUCCACUGCUUACUUCAUGAAAGCAACCACACAUUUACCAAAAUGGGUUCUGAUGUCAUCUUAGUUUUGCCCUGUGUGCACAGGAUUGCAAAAGCAGAGACAAAUCCUAUGUGCUAAGGCCUAUUUUAUUCAACUGGUCUUCCUCCAAACUCAAUGUGCCAUAGGAUUGCACUCUUAAAUCUGCUUUACCUGGGCAUAAGGCCCAUUGAGCUCUGGAGUAAGCAAUGGAAUAAGCUCUGUUGAAUUUUGAGCAUGCACAUGUAGGCUUAUAUUCUUAGUCAUCUUCAGGUUUCUUAAUCACAAAGAAUUACAAAUUGUACAGUACAGUGGUACCUCGGGUUAAGUACUUAAUUUGUUCCAGGGGUCCGUACUUAACCUGAAACUGUUCUUAACCUGAAACACCACUUUAGCUGAUGGGGCCUCCUGCUGCCGCUGCGCCGCCGGAACAUGAUUUCUGUUCUCAUCCUGAAGCAAAGUUCUUAACCUGAAGCACUAUUUCUGGGUUAGCGGAGUUUGUAACCUGAAGCGUAUGUAACCCGAGGUACUACUGUAUUUAAAACACGCACCACCAUGUGGGCCUGUAUUCUGUAGACAAAGAAGUGCUUACUCAAACAGUCCUUUCAGGUGCUAUUUUCAUGAAAAGCGACUUUACACUUCAUUGCUUAAACUAACAAAAAUAUGAACUUUGUUUAUUUUGUAAAGCCAUGUGCGGAUGAAAGCAUAUAAAGGAAUUUUUGUUAAUAUUAGGUUUCUGUAAUUUGUAUGUGUGGGCUUGCAGACCAAAGGUUUUAUUUUUAUUUUAUUUUAUUGCAGUAACAUUUUGGAAGAUUUUUAAUUGAAAGAUCAAAAUAAUUCAUAUUACUUGCUUCAGUAAAUUUUAAUUUCAUUUCCUUGCCUGGCGCUCCUCCUUAGUUAUUGAUGUUUGACAUUGCAAAUGGUCCUUUUUCUUUCUGCGGUCAUUUGUUAGCUUCCUUCUAGUAGUAUCAGAUGAUGACCGAGCUUUCAUGACGGACGACUGUAUCCUCUGAACAAAAGGCAUCUGUGACCAUGUGAACUGGUUAUCUGUAAUUAUUGACCAUCCAUCCAAAGUGGACUAGAUGUACCAGUCACUAAUGUUGUUGUAGACAUAGUUGUGGGGCGGGGGAGUUGGAUGGGGGUGAGAGAGCAGGAAUCUCCCCUGCUCUUAAUAAGGGUUUGCUAUCACAUAAAAGGGACGCAACUGGUCCCAUCACCUCCUGGCAAAUAGAAGGGGAAGAAAUGGAGGCAGUGAGAGAUUUUACUUUCUUGGGCUCCAUGAUCACUGCAGAUGGUGACAGCAGCCACGAAAUUAAAAGACGCCUGCUUCUUGGGAGAAAGGCGAUGACAAACCUAGACAGCAUCUUAAAAAGUAGAGACAUCACCUUACAAACAAAGGUCCGUAUAGUAAAAGCUAUGGUUUUCUCAGUAGUGAUGUAUGGAAGUGAGAGCUGGACCAUAAAGAAGGUUGAUCGCAGAAGAAUUGAUGCUUUUGAAUUAUGGUGCUGGAGGAGAGUCUUGAGAGUCCCAUGAACUGCAAGAAGAACAAACCUAUCCAUUCUUAAGGAAAUCAGCCCUGAGUGCUCACUGGAAGGACAGAUCCUGAAGCUGAGGCUCCAAUACUUUGGCCACCUCGUGAGAAGAGAAGACUCCCUGGAGAAGACCCUGAUGUUGGGAAAGAUGGAGGGCACAAGAAGAAGGGGACGACAGAGGACGAGAUGGUUGGACAGUGUUCUCGAAGCUACCAGCAUGAGUUUGACCAAACUGUGGGAGGCAGUGGAAGACAGAAGUGCCUGGCGUGCUCUGGUCCAUGGGGUCACGAAGAGUCAGACACGACUAAACAACUAAACAACAACAACAAAAGGGACACAGGUGGCGCUGUGGUCUAAACCACUGAGUCACUUGGGCUUGCCGAUCGGAAGGUUGGCAGUUCAAAUCCCCGCAACGGGGUGAGCGCCCAUUCCUCUGUCCCAGCUCCUGCCAACCUAACAGUUCGAAAGCAUGCCAAAAAGUGCAAGUAGAUAAAUAGGUGUCGCUCCAGCGGGAAGGUAAAUGGCAUUUCCAUGUGCUGCUCUGGUUUCACCAGAAAUGGCUUAGUCAUGCUGGCCACAUGACCUGGAAGCUGUAUGCCAGCUCCCUCGGCCAGUAAAGUGAGAUGAGCGCCACAACCCCAGAGUCGUCUGUGACUGAACUUAACUGUUAGGGGUCUUUUACCUUUACCUUUUUUUUAUCACAUAAAAACAGUGGUGAGAGUUUGGAGUCUCCAGUGAAGGACUUUGUGGGUGUCCAAUUUGCAACAUCUGCUGUACAGUGGUACCUCGGGUUAAGAACUUAAUUUGUUCUGGAGGUCCAUUCUUAACCUGAAAUUGUUCUUAACCUGAGGUACCACUUUAGCUAACGGGGCCUCCUGCUGCCACUGCACGAUUUCUGUUCUCAUCCUGAAGCAAAGUUCUUAACCCAAGGUACUAUUUAUGGGUUAGUGGAGUCUGUAAUCUGAAGCAUCUGUAACCUGAAGUGUUUGUAACCCGAGCUAGUACUGUAUGGUGUACAGUCAUAAUUUGGAAGUCAAAUGGAAUCCGUUCUGGAAGUCCGUUCGACUUCCAAAACGUUUGGAGACCAAAACGCGGCUUCUGAUUAGCAGCCAAUCAGAAGCCGCGGAAGCCCCGUCGGACGUUCGGCUUCCCAAAAUGGUUUGCAAACCAGAACAGUCACUUCCAGGUUUGCGACGUUCGGAAGCCAAAACGUUCAGGAACUAAGCUGUUCGAAAACCAAGGUACGACUGUACAAGAUUUCUGUCUAUAGAGUAUGAGAAUUAAACAUCAGAUGAUGGACGUUUUAAAAUAACCCAACUGCAUAUUUAACUGACCUAAUAUUCAGAAAAGAAAGAGAAAACUUUUUCAGGUCUAUCAACUUCGAAUAAAAGAUUUUUUUCCGGUUAGAAGGAAUGGGGAAUUGGAAUGUAUGCCAAAGAAGGAAGAGAGGAUCUCUGUGGAAUUGACCUAGUUCUUAUGGCGAGAAAAUUUUCCCUUGCAACCAUUGCUAAUUAAUGUAUUUUAGGUUGAGAUUCAGCUUACCUUCACCAUGAGGUAGGUAAAAGUGAGGUAGUAAUUAGUAGCAGGCUCUCCAAUGAACUUUGUCAAGGCAGAUCUUGGAAUAUGAAUCUCCCAGUUCUUCCUCAAAUGACCUCACAGAUACCAGAUCCCGUUUAUAUUUUGCUCUUCCCUUGAAUGGCUCUGGGGAAUGAUUGUAAUUGCAGUGUAGAAGUCUUUAGAUAUACAAAAACAUGUUAAUCUCUUUUAUUCUCCCCCUCCUUCCACCCCCACAACAUCAAGGCCAGACAAAUUAAAUCAUAUUGUUUGCACUUGCAAGCCUUUGCAAUAUUUGUUUUCCUAGGAAGUUUGUUCGGGUUUUUAGCACAUGUCCAAAGUUGCUUUUGUACAUUUGAAGAAAUGCUAUGGUUGAGUGGAAACAAAAUCCUUAAUAAAUGUCUGCAAAUUAUGCUGUGAAUAAUUCGUCAGCUUGCAAACACUUGGCAUAGCCUCUUGUAACAUUUAUGUUGAAUAGAUGAUUGACUUAAUUUUUUAAUGUAGAAGAUCAGUGAAUGACAGCUCAUCACUUCAGAUGUUUGGAAAACCCACUUAUUUUUGCCUGCUUUUUCUUCAUUUUGUUCUGCUGAUACUUAUGUAUUCUGGUAUUUGGGGGCUUGAUGUUACUAGUUUAUUUUUGCUGACUUUUAAUGGGUUUGUUGUACCGUAUUUUAUUUUAAUUACACGCCACCUUGGGAGGGGGGUUCCCUCCCUUUUCAAGCAGCUUAAAAUAGUUCAAAUGAAAUAAACUGCUUUUAUCAUAAUGAACAUUCAUUCUGAGUUUAAAUCUCCUGUUAAAAAGAAUUUCUGAGCCUUUUGAGCCUUUCCACGUGAAAUAUAUUCCUAUUAAGGUGAAGAAUUCAUUGUUCCUUUGCUUUUUCAUAGGUGGGUCACAGUUUCUGCUACUCGUUAUUUUUCUUGCAGUCCUGGAUGAAAUCUUUCAUUGUCAUCUAAUUUCAUAGCAAUACAGUAUCAUAGUUCAUUUUGCACUCCACUCCUUAUGGAGGCUGCUGCUCCUUAUUUCAGCUUAAAUGUUUUGAGCACAACAUUAUGGAAAGCAUGAACUUCGCAUCACAUGAAGUGUUGAAAGCUCAUGCCAGGGGGAAAAAAAUCAAGUCUCUGAGCAGAUAAAGUUCUGUUGUUUUGGACACUUCAUAUUGAUGGUAGUUUGUGGACAUUUUGGCACCCCCUAGCAUUAAACCAGGGACACGGGUGGCGCUGUGGGUUAAACCACAGAGCCUAGGACUUGCCGAUCAGAAGGUCGGCGGUUCGAAUCCCCGUAAUGGGGUGCGCUCCCGUUGCGCGGUCCCUGCUCCUGCCAACCUAGCAGUUCAAAAGCACCUCAAAGUGCAAGUAGAUUAAUAGGUACCACUCCGGUGGGAAGGUAAACGGUGUUUCCGUGCGCUGCUCUGGUUCGCUAGAAGCGGCUUAGUCAUGCUGGCCACAUGACCCGGAAGCUGUACGCCGGCUCCCUCAGCCAAUAAAGCGAGAUGAGCGCCGCAACCCCAGAGUCGGCUACGACUGGACCUAAUGGUCAGGGGUUCCUUUACCUUUACCUAGCAUUAAACCAACUGAUGCCUUUGGAUUUGCAGACCAGAUGUAUCUACACAAUUCCUGUUACUGCAGGACAUCGGAAACUACAUUAUACCAAGUCAGAUAUAUGGUCCAUGUAUCCCUUAGUACAGUAGUACCUCAGGUUAAGAACUUAAUUCGUUCUGGAGGUCUGUUCUUAACCUAAAACUGUUCUUAACCUGAGGUACCACUUUAGCUAAUGGGGCCUCUCACUGCCGCCGCACGAUUUCUGUUCUUAUCCUUAGGUAAAGUUCUUAACCCAAGGUACUGUUUCUGGGUUAGCGGAGUCUGUAACCUGAAGUGUCUGUAACCCGAGGUACCACUGUAUGGUGUACAGUCGUAAUUUGGAAGUCGAAUAGAAUCCAUUCUGGAAGUCCAUUCGACUUCCAAAACAUUCGAAAACUGAAAUGCGGCUUCUCAUUGGCUGGAGGAAGCUCCUGCAGCCAAUCGGAAGCCACGGAAGCCCCAUCAGACGUUUGGCUUCCAAAAACAGCCACUUCCGGGUUUGCAACGUUCGGAAGCCAAAACGUUCGGGAACUAAGCUAUUUGAAAACCAAGGUACGACUGUACAAGAUUUCUGUCUACAGAGUAUAAGAAUUAAACGUCUGAUGAUGGACAUUUAAAAAUGACCCAACUGCAUAUUUAACUGACCUAAUAUUCAGGAAAGAAAGAGAGAAGUUUUUCAGGUCUGUCAACUUCAAAUAAAAGUGUGGUUUUUUUUCCAGUUAGAAGGAAUGGGGAAUUGGAAUGUAUGCCAAAGAAGGUCUGUAACCUGAAGCGUCUGUAACCUGAAGCAUCUGUAACCCGAGGUACCACUGCAUUGCCCUAAUUGACUGGCAGGGUGUCAGACAGGGAUUACUCCCGGGCCUACCUAGAGAUCCCAGGGGUUGAAUCUUGGGGUUUCUGUAUGAGAAGCAAAUGUUCUGCCUUUGCGUUUCUCUGUGCAAGCAGACAGUGGGUUGUUGUUGUUGUUAAUUAUAUUUUUGGCAACAAUAGAUAUGUUUGUACUUCUUAGGAAGACAAAAAUAGCCCUUUCAGCGUAGAGUCAAGGAUGGAUAGGUACUGAUGAUGAACCCCAUGUGCAUAUAUUUCCAUGAACAUCAACAAGGCUAGUUAUGAGGGCUUUUUGUUUAAUUUAGUUAGAGACUUCACUGUAGAGCAGUGCACAAAAGUGUAAUUAAGCUUCUAUGCAUGGAGGAGAAAUAAAGCCCACUAUAUUCAGUGUGACUUAUUUAUAGCUAUAAUCCCUACCUGAGCAUAAACUAGAUUAAACAUGGCAUAGCUUCUUAUAAUAUAAAAUAGUACAUAUUAAAGUAUAACACGCACAUAUAUACAUAAAUGCUGCUUUUCUGAGCAAAUGCAAAAAUCUUUUAAAAGAUUUAUUUUUAAGUACAAAUUUUAAAGCUUUAGAAAUUUAACCCUGCCAUUCAAUCAAGUAAACAUGCGUAGGAUUGGACUGCUCAGUCUUUCUCAGCAAUAGUUUCUUUCGAUCACUGAUUUAUGCAUUGCAGAAUAUAAACACCUUUCCUCAAGGCUGCAUGCCUGCUGCAAGAAUGUAAUGUUUUCUCAGAAAACUCUUUUCUUCAUCCAGUUAGUUGUAAGGUGGGCAUGGUUCUUUCAACUAGGUCUAAGAGAUGUCUGGUUUUCAACAUUGUGAUAUAUACCAGCAAUAUACCAGUAUAUCAUGAAAUAAGGUUGUAACUAUGUACUUGGCGGGUCUAAAACUGAUACAUUUUUACUUAAUGUUUAACAUAUUGUUACAACUGUUAUUUUAUACUGUAGUACAGAGCAACGGGGGCUCCAGGAAUCAUGAGACAAGUGACGAAUGGCUUCACUGUUUUCCCCACAUCACGAUUUUUUACAUAGCGCACACACAGCGCGAUUUGCGAUAUAUAGCCAUAUCGAACAUUAUGAAUCCAUUACCACGACAUGGACUUCAAACCGAUUUUGGAUGAUGUAUUGAUACAUCACCCAGCCCUACUUCCAACCGGUGGCGUUGAAGAAACAGACCAUUUCCCCCCAUGUAAAUGUUGACAUAUAAACCAAACAGCAGUUGCACCGAGAGUGUCAAACAAACCACAAAUGCACUGUAAACUACUGCAGGCUCCCGGGUUUACAAAAUGGCUAGGGAUAGCACCCGAUCUUCACAUUUGAGGAAUAUCUUUAUUAGGGCCGACAACAGUGCAAGAAGCUUUCAGUAUUGUGACAGGUUUGCCACAUUUCUGAGACUUCAUUUGAUCCUCCCAAAUAAAGGUAAUACCCAAAGUUAGAGUUGGGGUUUUUUUUCUUGUGGACCAACUCGGCUCCCUCUUCCUUUUUAUGAACCCUGAUUGUUUGCGCAUUUACUUAGAAGGAUGCAGGUGUGGCACUGUGGGUUAAACCACAGAGCCCUAGGGCUUGCCGAUCAGAAGGUCGGCGGUUCUAAUCCCUGCGAUGGGGUGAGUUCCCAUUGCUCGGUCCCUGCUCCUGCCAGCCUAGCAGUUCAAAAGCAUGCCAGUGCAAGUAGAUAAAUAGGUACCGCUCCGGCGGGAAGGUAAACGGUGUUUCCAUGCGCUGCUCUGGUUCGCCAGAAGUGGCUUAGUCAUGCUGGCCACAUGACCCAGAAAAACUGUAUGUGGACAAACAUCGUCUCCCUCAGCCAGUAAAGCGAGAUGAGCGCUGCAACCCCAGAGUCGUCUGUGAUUGGACCUAACAGUCAGGGGUCUCUUUACCUUUAAAUCCUACUCAACUCUGUUAGCUUCCAAGGACGCAUACCUAGGGUAGGGUUGCAGAGUUCCUUGGAACACGCACCACCUGAGCUACCUGCAAGUAAGCCCUGCAAAGUAAUAAGGCCCCCAAGUUGCGAUAAUUCAGAUGUCGCAAUGCCAAUGCCAUUCCGUUUUAGCCAUUCUUUUCAACAGCGGCCUCUGAUUCAGUUUUUCCCUCUUACGUUCGCCUGAAUUCCCUCUUGGCAGGAGAUCCUCAGGUGGCUGGUAGAAGCAUCUUUCUUAAACGAUUUGUGCUGCCGUGGCGAAUUAACAUUUUGUAGGUACUAUGUACUAAUGUGUUCCUUGCUGAAUAUAUCCCUUCGUUGUUUACGUCUUUUCCACCUCGCUGACCUUAUUAUCAACAGAUCUUCCUCGGGCUAAUUACCCUGACGCUUUCUUUGGUGUUUCCUGUUUUGAGUUCCUGGUAUGUGCAGCUCGUUCAUUAUUCUUUUCAAACAGUCUCACUGUAUAAAACAUGUGUUAAUUAGGGGAGGCUAGCAAGUGCUGAAAUGUUGCGCUCUGCCUUAUUACUUCCCGAGGCUUCCUUGUUUAUGCAUGUUUCCCUAUGUCCCUAUGUAAAAGGGACGCGGGUGGCUAAGUGGUUUAGACUUGCUGAUCUGAAGGUUGGCAGUUCAAAUCCCCGCAACGGGGUGAGCUCCCAUUGCUCUGUCCCAGCUCCUGCCAACCUAGCAGUUCGAAAGCACACCAGUGCAAGUAGAUAAAUAGGUACCGCUCCGGCAGGAAGGUAAAUGGCAUUUCUGUGCGCUCUGGUUUCCAUCACAGUGUUCCAUUGUGCCAGAAGCAGUUUAGUCAUGCUUGCCACAUAACCCAGAAAGCUGUCUGUGGACAAACGUCGGCUCCCUCGGCCUGAAAGCGAGAUGAGCUCUCCACACCAUAGUUGCCUUUGAUGGGACUUACCCUAUUUUUUGCUCUAUAAGACUCACUUUUUCCCUCCUAAAAAGUAAGGGGAAAUGUGUGUGCGUCUUAUGGAGCGAAUGCAGGCUGCUCAGCUAUCCCAGAAGCCAGAACAGCAAGAGGGAUUGCUGCUUUCACUGCACAGCGAUCCCUCUUGCUGUUCUGGCUUUUGAGAUUCAGAAUAUUUUUUUUCUUGUUUUCCUCCUCCAAAAACUAGGUGUGUCUUGUGGUCUGGUGCGUCUUAUAGAGCGAAAAAUACGGUCCAGGGGUCCUUUACCUUUACCUUUUACCUAUGUCACACAACUAUGGGCUGUUUAUGUGACUUGCUGCAUCCGUUGGUAGGCUUUGCCUUGUAGUUCAAUACAGGUGGAAUUCCCUUUCUUCAUCCCAAGCAGUCCAUUCCCAAAGACCUCUGACAUUUUCCCCUGUGUGCUGUAUUCAUAGAUCUAUAAAUUGUGCAGUACAGUGGUACCUCAGAAGUCGAAUGGAAUCCGUUCCGGAAGUCCGUUCGACUUCCAGAACGUUCCGAAACCAAGGUAUGGCUUCCGAUUUGUUGCAGGAAGCUCCUGCAGCCAAUCGGAACCCACGGAAGCUGCUUUGGACGUUCAGGUUCUAAAGAAGGUUCGCAAACUGGAACAAUCACUUCUGGGUUUGUGGCUUUUGGGAGCCAAAACGUUUGACUCGCAAGGCGUUUGGGAUCCAAGGUACCUUUUACCAACCUGAUGUUUGAUGUCACAACUCCCACCAGCUGGUUUUAGAGAAAGCAUGAGGUAGCUUUGAAGAGACCCAGAGAAGAAAGGAAACAACUGUCACAAAAAUAAAAGGGGGAAAUAAUUUUUUGGUAUGGGCUUUUUAAACUCUCUUGUUUUCGUCAAUGCAGGCUAUUAAAACUAGACUUCAAACUUCAUUUUUAAAAGAUUUGAUUGCUGGUGGUAUGUGAAUAUACAGUGAAUUUGCUGAUAUGAUGUAGCAACAGAGAAUCGGUACUCUCUGCCCCCUGCCCAAUAUAGACUGAGCUUCAUCUCUUAGCAGUGGCCCAUCCUUUGCAUAGAGCUGUGAAAAUGUACACAUCACGUCACGUAUCCUGUCUUGCUGAAAGCAUUAAUCUUAUGCCCAGACACUCAUUAAAGCAUAGCCAAGGAAUCUGUUUGCCACUAAAAGCCUGGCUGGAAUCUUCAUGCACAGAAAGGAGUAUCACAAAAAAACCCCUACCUUACAACACAACACAAUAUAUGUUUACUAAGGAAGCAAGCUGAGUUCAGUGGAGUUUAUUCCCAGAUAAAUGUGCAUAGAUUUUUACCAGUGCUUUUUUCCUAGAAAAAUAGGUGCCGGUACUCACCGUGAAGUUGUUACAGUAAGUGCCACACGUUUUAACAACAACAAAAGAGGCGCCGGUACUGCAUGCCCCUGAGUAACCCCUGAAAAAACCACAAUAGUAAUGCCUUUUACCCUUACUGUCGUUGUCUUCUAUGUUAGCUGCCAAAUAACAGCCUGUAGAUGAUUCUGAUAGUGAUCAAAACUUCUCUCUCUCUCUGGCCUGUGGCAAAUGGACUAACUAGUUUUUGUAUUUUUCCUUUUUAUUUGCAAAAGGUUUUCUUUAUUUUCACUUGCAAUUUCCCCCCAAAAAAACAGCAAAUAUGGGCAGUACUAACAUAAAAGAAUUAAAGCCUCUGUAUCAAAUAAGCGGGACGCGGGUGGCGCCUAGGACUUGCCGAUCGCAUGGUCGGCGGUUUGAAUCCCCGCGGCGGGGUGAGCUCCCGUCGUUCAGUCCCAGCGCCUGCCAACCUAGCAGUUCGAAAGCACGUCAAAGUGCAAGUAGAUAAAUAGGUACCGCUUACCAGCGGGAAGGUAAACGGCGUUCCGUGUGCUGCGCUGGUGCAGGCUCGCCAGAGCAGCUUCGUCACGCUGGCCACGUGACCCGGAAGUGUCUGCAGACAGCGCUGGCUCCCGGCCUCUAGAGUGAGAUGAGCGCACAACCCUAGAGUCUGUCAAGACUGGCCCGUACGGGCAGGGGUACCUUUACCUUUAUCAAAUAAGCUGGAAACAAAAUUUGCAAUUGAGGCAAAUAAAAUAGGUGCUAUAAUAUUGUUACAUGCCACCCCCAAUCUGAGUGGGAGCGAGAUUCCAGGGUUUGCGUUCCUUUGGAAAACUAGGCACCACAGAGGCCACAGUGUCUUUGUUUUUAUUUAGUGUUCUUUUAUUAUGUAUUUUUUAUUGUAUUUUUAUGUUGUGAACCACCCUGAGAUCUGUGGGUGAAGGGUGGUAUGCAAAUUAAUAAUAAUAAUAAUAAUAAUGUGGUUUAUUUACAUAUAUACAACCUGAGCUUACUUAUGGAGGGGUUGCAGCAGCAGCACCCCAAAAUACAUCAGCUUAUUCCAUAGUAUCAUCAUCCCUCCUCUGCAGCCUCUCUCUGCUUCCUGGUUAGGUAAAGGUAAAGGGACCCCUGACCAUUAGGUCCAGUCGUGGCCGACUCUGUGGUUGCGGCGCUCAUCUCGCUUUAUUGGCCGAGGGAGCCAGCGUUUGUCCACAGACUGUUUUUCCGGGUCAUGUGGCCAGCAUGACUAAGCCACUUCUGGCGAAAGAGCAGCGCAUGGAAACACCAUUUACCUUCCCGCUGGAGCGGUACCUAUUUAUCUACUUGCACUUUGGCAUGCUUUCGAACUGCUAGGUUGGCAGGAGCAGGGACUGAGCAACGGGAGCUCACCUCAUCACAGGGAUUCGAACCGCCGACCUUCUGAUCGGCAAGUCCUAGGCUCUGUGGUUUAACCCACAGAGUUACUUCACCUUGGUUACUUCACUCUUAACACCAACCCCAUUGCUCCUAAGCUUUCCUUUUCUACCUGGGGAGAGGCCUCACAUUUGCAUUCUUACCCUAUGUCCUUUGAUCCUGUGUUGUAUUAAUGCAUAAUCCUUUGAUUCUCUGGACUCCCUAAUUAUUUAUCCCCCUAGGCGGUCACCUUACAAAGAAGUCUGUCAUACUUCCUUAACACUUGUUAAUUUGGCUAAGAUUACAGUGUGCAACAAACAACCCAAGAAGUGUGCUUAAGUUAAUUUACUCUUCACAGAUGCUAAUUCCAGGGGGUUAACAGCAGCUAACCCACAUCAUAAAUGCACAUCAGACUGGCUAUUACUGGUCCUAACAGUCUAAUUAAAUCCUAACAUUUCUUUAACCAAAUCAUUUAGCAUCUACAGAUUGAUAACAAUAAAGCAAGUUAUGGACUGAUGCAAAACACGUGUGUGUGUGUGUGUGUGUGUGUGUGUGUUGCAGCAGUCCGUGUGUGUGUGUGUGUGUGUGUGUGUGUGUGUGUGUAUAUAUAAUUGGUUAUAUAUAUAUAAUGGGAUAUAUAUAUAUAUAUAUAUAUAUAUAUAUAUAUAUAUUAUUGGUUUUUGCAUGUUUUCCAAACAUAACAUCCCAUCUUAUACAAUAUAACAAACCUUUGGCUAUCACAGUCUAGGAUUUCCGUCAACCUCGACUAAUGGUUUUCUAACUUUCUUUCUGAUUUUGCAUUUUAUUUUAAUAGUUAUUGCUAUAAAAUCCAAAUCUUAAAUAAACUCCUUCUUAGUUCUUUUUCGCAAUAAUUCAUAUAGUUCUCCUUACAAAACUUCUUGCAACCCUACAAGCGAUAUCAGUUGAUUACAAUUGUCUUUCAAAUACAGUCAUACCUUAGGUUAUGAAUGCUGUGGGUUGCGCGUUUUUGGGUUGUGGAGUGCGCCAAACCCGGAAGUACCGGAAUGGGUUACUUCUGAGUUUUGGUGCUCACACAUGCACGGAAGACCAAAGCGCGUCACUUGCAUGCGCAGACACAGCGCUGUGGGUUGCGAAAGUGCCUCCCGCAUGGAUCACGCUCGCAACCCGAGAUAUGACUGUAUAUCAUAAAUUUCUUCCAAUCUUUCAGGAAACUCUGGUUUUGCUGGUUCCGAAUUUUCCCAGUUAAUUUCUCCAACUCGGCAUAGUCCAUCAGUUUCAUCGGCCACUCUCUUUUUGUUGGUAGUUCUUGCUUCCAUCGCUGGGCUAAUAGUAUUCAUGCUGCAGUUGUCACAUAUAAAAAGUAUUUUUUUUAUCAUGCUUGUAAAUCUGUGUACCUACUAUACCAAGUAAAAGGUCUUCUGGGGUUUUUUUUGCAAAUGUAUAUUUCAGCAUUUUUAAAAUCUCAUUAUAAAUCAUUUCCCAGAACACUCCUAAUAAUGAAAGUGAACUGCAGAGUCAAGUCAGGGGUAGAAAUUACAUGGUUUAGCUAUGAGUAAAGCUGUGUUUUUAAAAAUAUAUCCUCUGUCUUCCUUGAUAUGAGGUGAGCAGUGGUGUGCAAAAUUGAAACUUCUGCUUGUGGCAAACAUCAUCUGGAAUUGUUAAUUGCAAGAAAUGAGCUGGCACUGUACUAGAUGAUGAAAAGCAUAGUAAAUUGGGCGCCCUUGCUUAUCUGCCUUUCUCCAUAAAAAAUGCAGGCUAGGAACGAGAAAGCGAAAACCUGAAAUUCUCUGUUUUCUGACAAAGUGAUGGGGCUGCACUAGGGAAUGGUAAAUCAGCCUAGCUCCAGUCCAUGUCAGGUUUGCAUACAUUCACUCAUGGAACUUGUUCUGUUUCACCAUUAAUCUGAUUUUUAAAAAAUGCACAUUUUAAAUAACCCUUAUUUCUAAAUGCAUUUUCUCUCAAAAUACACAUCUCUAAACACAUUUUGAUGUGUUUCUUUAGCAGAGAAAUACAUCACAAUGUUUAGAAACUGUGAAAGCUCGUGAAGAACCAAGCGCUAAUUGUUCAUUAGUCCAGAAGGCUAGAAUCAGGUUUGUUUCUGUUGGAAUUGUCAAAGAUCAAAUUCUUCAAGCAUUCCUAGUCUAUAUGCUGCCCACUGAAUGAGGUAUAGAAAUGAGAUUUCCUGAACCCUUUAGUCCCUAGCACAUGUCAGCUAGCCUUAUUCAUUUAUGUUAUGCAGGAGAAAGCUAUUGUCUAAACAGGAAGAAACUGUACAAUGCAGUGGGCAGUUUAGCAAACUAUUAGGUUUAUUCUGCUUAUGUGCUGGUAUGUAAACUGUGGAAUAAGCUCCUUAAAUAAAAAUACUUUUUUCAUUCACAGUCAAUAGCAUUUCAGGACGUUUUCAAACAUUAGAAUGGUAGUGGCAAGAGCAUAAUUCAGGCACAUGUGCCACAAUAAACUGGUCACAAUAAACUUCUCUUUUAUGUGACUUAAACCCAACUUUGUCAGGUACUUUCUCAAGCAGAACUUGGUGGCCAGCACCAUAGAAGGCAUUCAACUUCCUGGAAUAGUGCCUUCUGCCUUAACUGAAAACGAUUGGUACCCAGUCCAGUUGCUUCCCCUUCUCAAGUGAUGGCUGAUGGUCAAAGAACUCCUGACUGAUGCCAGAAGUGUCCCUGCGCAACAUCAGAUUGGUGUGUGUGCCUGUGCACUUCAGUAUUUUGCUCCCCGAUGGUCUCUCAGACCACUGGGAAAUGGAGACAGUGGCCAACGCUCUUGUGUUUACAUGGACACCAAGAGGAACGUUCCAGAAACUUGAAGAAGACCAAAAUUUCCUCAAAAUCAUCAGCCACAUGUUGUAGACCAGUGGCAUAGACCCAGGGCCAUCUUUACUCAGGGGUGCAAGGGAUGUGGUGCACCCGAGCGCCAAAUUCUGGGGGGCACCAAAUAUAUUCUGGGGGGAACCAGAUGUAUACCUCUUGUAUACCAGUCCCUCUCGAUCAAUGGCAGUGAAAAGCAAUGGAGCGAAAAUCCCCACCCCCUCCUCCAUCACUCUGUUACUCCGUAGCGUCAAAUAUUCCCGACAAGCCAGGAAACAAAAGGAGUUAUUUCCGUUGCGUCGUUGUUACAGGUGAGCAAUCUUCUUCCCCCCAAAAUGGUCAACAACUUUGGCUUUCCCCCUCCCCAAAAAACCUCAACAACUAAAAAAAAUCUGAGGGCGGCUAAACUAAAUUUGGGGGCACUGGGUGGAUCUUUGCACCCCGGCAGUGCGUAUACUAAAGACGGCCCUGCAUAGACCCACUCCUUCUAAGGCUUUGUGGGGGCUCCUCCUAGACCUAGACCUUCCUCAGCAUAGUUUGAGGUGGAGCAUGUGGGACAAGCAGAAAGUGUGUUUCCUCUGAGCAUGUUUGGAGUGUUAUUUUUAAUAAAUAGGUAGCAGCAACUCAUAGCUCAAAAUCUUCUUCUUUGGCGAUCACUCGUAGUCGAGUAAGAUUGUCUUCCAUGAACACAGUCUUAACAGUGAGUCCAUGAGUGACUGUGGAGGCCAAUUCUGGAUCCACACGUCCUUCCACAGUGGGGACAUAGGUUUCUGGACAGGAGUUGAUCACAGUGAGCGUUCGCCAAACAUGCCUUCCUCUUAGUAUGUUUCUCCCUUUCAUCCUAAGUUCGAGCAUCUUCAAAGUCCAUGACACCUUUGGGCUCAAAAUACCUUUACACUGGCAGUGGGGCCAAGGACAUACAAAAGGAGAGGCCAAUGGGCAUGAUUCCUGUUCCUCUUAAUGCGUGUUAGGAAUAUGCCAUGAAAAUAAAGUCUGAACAGAGAGUCUAGAGAUCAUUAUACUCAACAUUCAGAACCCACAUUUCUUGAAUUCAGGGUAAGGUCACGACCAUGGUAUAUUUAUCUUUAAUUCUGUUUCUAAGUGUGUAAGGGAAGGACAGGAUAGAAGAAGAAGAAAAGGGAGGCAAAGAAAUUGAAUGGCAGAAAUUCUGAACUUUUAGAAACGGAAUAGCAAUUAAUUUUCAAAAAGUCCUUUUGUGAUCUGGAAUGCUUUCCUUUAUGGCUGUUCAUUAUUUUUAAUGGCUGUUUCUUAUAUGAAAAUCAGGCUUUCACUUAAAUCUACUUAUUUUUAUUUAAUUGGCACUUUGAAGGACAAAACAUGUUGAAGGAAAGAGGCUACUUCCUGCCUCGCUCCAAUUCUUUAGAAUGCGAGGGUUGGGGGCACUUGCACAGUCAAACAAUGAAGUAAUAUUUACUCAAUAAUUUUGACUCGAGAGGAGGGAAAGCAGAGUUAAAUUCAUUUUUAGCAUGUCGUGCACCCAUCAAUUGGAGAGUGCUGAUUCACUUACACACAGAGUAUAAUUAAGUAAGUCUUUAAUCUGGAAUAAGGAGCAAUGCAUUCAAUGACUGUGAAAUCAUAGCAUAAUUAUGGCUAUAAAUGUUCAUGUGGCUCUCCUUAGCAUUUUAUAAUUCCAUAAUUGUUAAGAGUCAACGGUUCAUAGUGUGAGGUCCUUAACUCUAUCCGGCCAUUAGCCCUUUCAGACGCUAGGAAAAACCGUCGUAAGUAAAGAAGAAUUUACAGAAGACAACCCGGCAGAUUCCCCAGAGUCCACAAGUCUCCUUUCUAAAUGUGACUCCUGAUACCAGGGGUACCAGGGGCUAUUUCAUUAGAUAACAAUGGUAUUACAUAAUUUGAAGGUGAGGUUUACUGUUCAAUGAUGACAUCUCUAUUAUUCAUUGAAUCAGUGAUCUUUUGAACUUCUUUCUUUCUGCCUAAUCUGCUGUUCACUUCUAAAAAUUAUUUUCUCCUAUUCCAUUAGUGUUCCGUCCUUCAAGGUGUUUUGGUCAUUCAUUAGGAAUUGAUGGCACUCUGUGCGUUGCCAGGUGCCACUCAGAACUGAGGCACUAGCAAGCUAGCAAGACACUAACAUCCCUUUGCACAGCAUAUGAAGAAGGAGGGAAGCGUGAACCCUUCUUGUUAAAGUUCUAGUUUUCUAUGCAUUUCACUAUCUUCGUUGUCCUUUUGUGUUACAGAAGCCAGACUGGCCUCAACCGGGUGUCAAACAUUUAGUGUUGCCAGUAGGGCUGAGUGAUGUCUGGUUUUCAACAUCAUCAUGUCGAACCAGCUGAACAUCGUAAUAUACAGUGGUACCUUGGUUGUCAAACUUAAUCCAUUCCAGGAGUCCCUUUGGCUCCUGGAACCGUUUGAAAACCAAGGUGCGGUUUCCGAUUGGCUGCAGGAGCUGCCUGCCCUCAGUUGGAAGCCGUGUCAGACAUUCAGCUUCCAAAGAACAUUUGCAAACCAGAACACUCACUUCCGGGUUUGCAGCGCUUUGGAGUUGAUUUGUUCAGGAGCCAAGCCGUUCGACAACCAAGGUACCGCUGUACCGAUAUAUCACAAAGUCUGAAAUAAGGAUGUAACUGCAUAGAGGCGAACAGGGCAAUGUUUUGGCAACUGUUACUAUUUAAGUAACAGUUAAAUUGAGUCUGACCAAACUGCAGGAGGCAGUGGAAGACCGGAGUGCCUGGCGUGCUCUGGUCCAUGGGGUCACGAAGAGUCGGUCACGACUAAACAACAACAACACACUAUUUAAAACUGAUGAGUUUCUACUUACCUUUAGUAGAUUAAGACAACUGUUAUUUUAUAGUACAGAGCAACAGGGGCAGGUGUCAUGAGAGAAGUAAUGAUUGGCUUCACAGUUGCCCCACAUCACAAUUUUUUGCAUAGCACACACACACAUCGUGAUUCACGAUCUAUCGCCAUGUCGAAAAUUAUUCAAACUGCUUUUUGACGAUGUAUCAAUACAUCGCCCAGCACUAGUUGCCAGAGCAUGGAACACUCCUCCACUGGAGAUUUGAACACUACAAUCUUCAUCGGAGGCCCGUCUUUGGGUUCCCCCUCCACAAGAGGGUGGCAACACAAGAACGGGGACUUUUCCAUGGUGGCUCCCCAUUUAUGGAAUGCUUUCCCCCAGGGAGGCUCACCUGGAGCCAUUGUUACAUAUCUUUAGGUGCUAAGCAAAAACAUCCCUCUAUAACCAGAUGUGGUGUUCGUUCAGAGCCCCCGGUCGUUUCACAGGCUAUUGACCUGUACACCACUGCUUUAUUCUUCCGCUGCCACCAACCAGGUUUCUUCUGGUGAAAUACUGAGUCUCAGUCAGGUUGUAAGUCAACAACGAAGAUUAAAGUUUAUUGAAGAACAAACAAGUUUUAAGUAUGUUCAGAACGAGUUUCUCAAAUGUGCGCCCUUAACUAGAUGUGGCACUAUCUCACACUGUCACACUCUUUUCUCUCAGUUCUAUCCCUGUCUCUCACUCUACUGUCACAACCACUAUGUUCGACUUUUACUGCCUCUGUCUCACUCCUCUAUCUCUCCAUGGUUAAACCCCUGGGCUGAGCCUCAAAACCAGGUAGGCUCCACCUCUGAGCUUUCUCAUUGGUCAGUCUCCAUUAACCAUUUCCAUCCCCCUGUACAAACAUAAUCACAAGGAAUGGGCAAACGCCACACCAGGCCUUUAACUAUCUGUGGCCUUUUAGAAGUAGGUGGGAUGUUUUUAAUGUAUUUCUUUUUCCUCCUGGUUUUGAUGUCUCUGUGGGGGAAGUACGUUGUCUUGUUGGUUGGUUGGUUGGUUGGUUGUAAGUUGUUUUGGGUUGCCCUGGGCGAGAUAAAGCGACUAAGAAAUACAAAAUAAAUAAUAAUUCAGCAGGAAUCUUCGCUCUCCACCUUCAGGCAUCUCUUGAAGACUUUUUUUAUACCUUUAGAGGUUGUGUGUGUGUGUUUGAUUAGCCAUUUGCCUUAAUGAUUAUUUCCUUUUUUAUUUUUUAAGUUGUGUCUUUGGUGUAAUGUUAUCGGAAACAAAAUUUACAAGGUUAGGUAGUGGAAUUGGCACUUUGAUAGCAAUUAAAAAGCUGGGUAUCUGGCAGUGAAGUUGGAAAUUCAGCUUUUGAUGAACCUGAUUACAUGGAUUCAGCUAAAUAGCCUCUAGUGCUCUUGUUGUACAUGAAAUAGAGCCCUUUUAUUACACUUAUGUGUGUGCUCACAGACCAUUACAAUUCUUAUUAUUUCUCCCUGGUAAAUGGUAGCCGAAUAACAACUCAGUAAACAUAGUUGGUUUUUUCCAUUGGUAACAAUAAAAUACUUAAUAGUUCAUAUUGUUCCUGUUUUUCAUAAAUGCACUUGAUACAGUGGUUCAUCUUGCUUUGUACAGAGGUUCCAUCUUAGAUUUUUGUUUCUUUAAAUAUAGAAUGUUAAAUAUAUUAUAUGCAUACAUAUCAGUAGCGUUUAAAAAGAAGCUUAGGCUGAACUGUGGACCACAGUGGGAGAACAGCAUGGAUUCCUUUCAUGAUACAAAAUUAACCAUGCAAAUGUCCCAAGAGCCAGUCUGAUGAGCAGUGCAAUUUGUGAACUCCCACACUGUGUCUUAAAGGACCAUGCAUGGGGACAAAGGCCCUCUUAGUCACCAGGCAGAGGGCCUUCUCGGUAGUGGCGCCCGCCCUGUGGAACGCCCUCCCAUCAGAUGUCAAAGAAAUAGACAACUAUCUGACAUUUAGAAGAUAUCUGAAGGCAGCCCUGUUUAGGGAAGUUUUUAAUAACUGAUGUUUUAAUGUAUUUUUAAUCUUUUGUUGGAAGCCUCCCAGAAUGGUUGGGGAAACCCAGCCGGAUGAGCAGGGUAGAAAUAAAUUAUUAUUAUUAUUAUUAUUAUUAUUAUUAUUAUUACUACUACUACUACUACUACUACUAUGUGUGGUUCAGCUGUAUUCUACAAUUUGGAAGAAGAGUUUGAAGAAGAGUUUGGAUUUGAUAUCCCGCUUUAUCACUACCCUAAGGAGUCUCAAAGCGGCUAACAUUCUCCUUUCCCUUCCUCCCCCACAACAAACACUCUGUGAGCUGAGUGGGGCUGAGAGACUUCAGAGAAGUGUGACUGGCCCAAGAUCACCCAGCAGCUGCAUGUGGAGGAGCGGGGAAGCGAACCCAGUUCACCAGAUUACGAGUCUACUGCUCUUAACCACUACACCACACUUGGAGUGAGCAAGGCCUAAGUAUUAAGACUUUGUGAGGCCAAGUAUUCCACAGUCUUAUGCCUCUUUCCCCAUGCAACAAGGGCAGUUGCAGGCAGGAGUGCCUGGCGUGCUCUGGUCCAUGGGGUCACGAAGAGUCGGACACGACUAAACAACAAGAAGAAGCAUCCACAAUUAUAGCUCUGUAUAGCUUUGUUUGCUCCUUGUUUCUGCACCGCGGUUUAUUGUGCCAGAGCACGUUGAUAUUCUUAAAAGACCAUGAUGAAAUAAGAGCUACAAGCAGUUCAUGCAGUAGCAGGGUGAUAAAACCUACCACCAAAGAGUGGCAAAAAUGAAGGAGAUAACUCCCAUUCUAUAGCAGAAGGAAUAUAUAUAAAAAUGAUACAGUCAAACCUUGGUUCCCAAACGCCUCCGUUUUGGAACGUUUUGGCUCCCAAACACCGAAAACCCGAAAGUAACUGCUCAGUUUUCAAACGAUUUUCGGAAGCCAAACGGCUUCUGAUCCUCGUUUUUCAUUUCAUUUUCCCCCUCCCCCAUUGACUUUGCAGCCAACCCAUUGAUCCUCAAUUUUUGAACUUUCUGUAAGCCGAACAGUCUUCUGGAACGGAUUAAGUUCCAAAACCGAGGUUCCACUAUACCAUGGGUAGGUAAACUAAGGCCCAGGGUCCGGAUCCGGCCCAAUCGCCUUCUAAAUCCGGCCCGCGGAAUUAGUGUGUUUUUACAUGAGUAGAAUGUGUGGUUUUAUUUUAAGUGCAUCUCUGGGUUAUUUGUGGGGCAUAGGAAUUCAUUCAUAUAUAUUUUUCAAAAUAUAGUCUGGCCCCCACAAGGUCUGAGGGACAGUGCACCAGCCCCCUGCUGAAAAAGUUUGCUCUUUACCAUUAAGCCUCAAGAUAGCCCUUCCUUGGCUUUACUUCACUGCAUAGCAGCUAAGUACAGGCACCCCCAAUAUUUAUGGUGAAAGAGCCCCCAAAGUUUUGCGGUGGCCACACAUGCCUACCACGAGGCGUGCUGAUGUCAUAGGUGCAUGCCAAUUCCACUGGACCCCAGGCCCCUUCAGUCUCAGGGGCAAGGCAGCAGCCCUGCUUCAGCGCAUGUCUGCUUCACUGCUUUUCUUGUGUGUGUAUGUAUUUGCAUUUUCAUUAUGCACAAACAAACUAGGUAAAGAUAAAGGGACCCCUGACCAUUAGGUCUAGUCAUGACCGACUCUGGGGUUGCGGCGCUUAUCUCACUUUAUUGGCCGAGGGAGCCGGCAUACAGCUUCCGGGUCAUGUGGCCAGCAUGACUAAGCCGCUUCUGGUGAACCAGAGCAGCACACGGAAAUGCCGUUUACCUUCCCGCCAGAGCGGUACCUAUUUAUCUACUUGCACUUGACGUGCUUUCGAACUGCUAGGUUGGCAGGAGCAGGGACCGAAUAACAGGAGCUCACCCUGUCGCAGGGAUUCGAACCGCCGACCUUCUGAUCAGCAAGUCCUAGGCUCUGUGGUUUAACCCACAGUGCCACCUGCGCCCCUAACUAACAAACAAACUAAACAAACAUAAAAAUGUACCAGCAUCCCAGGGAGGAGGGACUUCCCUGCUAUGAGCACACAGUACAGUGCAAUACACUUCUGGAAUUGUUCCUCUUUUGAUCAUUAACCGAGGUGUGUGCCCGUGUGGGUGUAUAUGAAUGAGAAUUUACUAGAAUGCACCAGUUUAGGUUCUGAAUUGUUGGUUUUGAAUUUCUUCCAAAUAUCUAAGGGUUCCAAGCUGAGACGUCAAGCACAAAUCCUUUGUAAACUGAUUCAAGAUUUAUUUAUUUAUUUGUGUAAAUGAAAUACUUACUUUGCAGUUUUUCAAAAUACCGCAAAGCACUCCCCAAAGUAGAAUGGAUUAUCUAUUUAAAAAUUAAAUAAAUGAAUUGGGGGCAUGGAUUCUCCCCAAGCCUCCAUUUUGAUGUUCUUAACUGGUCUCUGUACAGUGUGUAUGUGUGUUACCUCUCCUAUUAGCUGCUUUCUAACUGGUAAUUGGGGACCACAUACCAUUCUUUUAUUAUUCCCUUUUCUGAAAUUAUAUCUUCUGUGGUUGUUUGUUUUGCAAUUUGCUUCCUAAGAGGGUAUUGGAUUUAAUUGCAUGGCUGUGAUUGUUACUAGCUGUUCAGUUCCAGAUACUUCCUGUGGAGAUUUGUAUGCCAAGGCAGCAAUGGUCUCUCUUGUCAUCUCCUGCCUUAGACAAUGGCUACAAAUCUUAUAAUUGCAUCCUUCUAAGUUAUGUUUUGCCAGGGACUAUUACGGUGGCUUGAAAUAUUGCAUUCCUAAUUGUACUUGUUGGUGGUUUAGCCUUUCUGCUUUUCUUUAAAAUUUCAGAAGUGUUCAAUAUUGUGACUAUCUAUGUUCCUAGGGACGCGGGUGGCGCUGUGGGUAAAACCUCAGCGCCUAGGACUUGCCGAUCGCAUGGUCGGCGGUUCGAAUCCCCGCGGCGGGGUGAGCUCCCAUCGUUCGGUCCCAGCUCCUGCCCACCUAGCAGUUCGAAAGCACCCUUAAGUGCAAGUAGAUAAAUAGGUACCGCUUUAUAGCGGGAAGGUAAACGGUGUUUUCGUGUGCUGCUCUGGUGCCGGUUCGCCGGAGCAGCUUCGUCACGCUGGCCACGUGACCCGGAAGUGUCUGUGGACAGCGCUGGCUCCCGGCCUCUAGAGUGAGAUGAGCGCACAACCCUAGAGUCUGUCAAGACUGGCCCGUACGGGCAGGGGCACCUUUACCUUUUAUCUAUGUUCCUAUUGCCACACUUCUUAAUGAUGCAAUAUAUGCAGUGCUUUUUUUCUUUAAAAAUGUUUAGGGGUACUCUCAUUUUCCUACUCAUAUUGAAAUACUGCCCCUCAAUGAGGCCAAACUUAGAUUCACAAAAUGUUUAGGGGUAUGCGUACCCCUGCAUCCCCCCAGAAAAAAAGCACUGAAUAUAUGUCUCGAAUAUAUUAUCUGGUCCUCUUUUGUUUUAGCGCAUUUGUCUCAUUUGGUUCUAUUGUUCCCUUUAACAAUAUGAUCUGCUCUCAUGCCUGCAUAGAUUAUCUUCAUUCAAGUGACUUCUGAUGAUGUUCUUUAAUAGAACAAAACAUUCCGAUUUAGUUGUCUUAAUCACUUUAGCAGUGAUACUUUUAACUAGGGAUGUAAUAAGUAAAAACAUUCUUAGUGAUUUUUCCCAAUCCCUUAAUGUUCUUUCUCUGUUUGCAUUUUUCAGUCAUGGAGUUACUACACAACAAUGUUUUCUCCUUUAAUACAUACACACAAAUUUUAUAUUUAUGUCAUAUUAUAUGUUUCCACAAAAUGCAAUUGGUUGCCUUAGCAGGAUAGAGCUAUAGGUAGCAGCUUUGUUCAGUUUUAACUCGGAGUUGGUAUUUUAGGCUGCAUUUCUGUACUUCCUUACCUGCGAGUAAGCCUCCUCGAAUUCUGAAGAUAUGUGUAAGAGCUAUAUAGCAACUAGAUGAGUGUUUGUGGUUGUAUUCAUGCAUGUAUUUACACACAAACACAUGUAUGUGUGUGUGCUAGUUUGCAGAAGAGUGUGUUUCCAUCAUGUUAUGUUCUUCAAGCCCCAUGUUGGCCAAAAGAUUGUUGCAUUGCAGGGCAUGGGGAAGAUAACCCUCAUGAUCCCUUCCAACUUUACAAUUCAAGGACACAAAUGUCGGUUGCCAUCUGUGGAAGUGGCAACCAUUUUGUGAGACAAUGCUCCUUGGAAAAAAUACGGCCUAGAACUUUUAUAGUGACUCACAGAACUUGUAAUAUUUUUUUCAGUUUACCACCUGUGUUUUCAAGUACAAAUUACUCUUUUACCCAUUUGCCUCUACAUAACCUUGCCAAUAUUUUGCCCAUCUCUGCAACUUCCUUGCUGGCCACAGUUGCCAACGUUGGCUCUUUUCUGGUACAUUCUUCAUAUAUCAUUUUAUGAUUGGCUGGCUUUAGCCAACCCUGUCUGUGGCUGGGAGUGCUUUUUAUUUUCUUUAGGGAUUUUUGAAUUUUCUUUAGGGUUUUUGAAAUGCAUGGUUAAGAAAACAACACUUUCUCUACAGUGAGGGAUUUUAAAAAAUAAAACAACAAUGACAGCAUAAAAGCACUGUUUUUAUCCUAUCAGGAUAGCUCCUCACUUUGUGUUAAGACAGACCAUUCAGGAAGAUACAGGUUCAAGUGUAGAAAUGUUUUGUUCAGAGAAGUAUAUGGCUCCUUGGUCGUGAAUUUAUGGGUUUAUAUAGUAUUGUGGAUUGUUGCUAAAUGUAGCAGAUGGUGAUUAAUGGCUUCCCUGUGCAUGUUCCUCAGCCAGCUUCUGCUGUUUAUAAUAGAACUGAUUUGGAAAGACUAUAGGGGUAAUUCAGAAUCUCUGAUGUUUGGUUACUAAAGGCUUAAAGGUUUGAUGCCUUUGAAAUGUUGUUUUUCAGUGAGGAGAACUAUGACUUUGGUAAACUUUUUAAAGACUUUAUAGAAAGCUUUCUUUAAAAGGUUAUUGUCACAAUUUUAGCUUAGGACAUAUUCUUGAGAUAUUCCUGAAUUAUGGAAACGGAAAAUCAUCAAAUGAGAUGAAUUCAUAAGAUUCUGGGUCUUACGAAUCAUUUGCAAGGAAGUCUUGCAAUGAGGUUCAAGAUCUCCAUAUACUUUUCCUUUUUUUAUUCCCCCCACCCAAAAAAAAAGUACGCCUAAGAGAUGAAACUGGGGAACAAGAAUGGAUAAAUUAUUGUUCUCGGUACGACAACAGUUUUACCCCUGUUUCGUUAUGUAAUGCUUAAUGUAUGAAUGCAAGAAUCAAAUCAUAAGAACUCUGUUUAAAAGUGAAUUUACUCCUCACAGGGCUACAGAAAUAUUUUGCUUCAUUGUUGAAAAUUUGCAAACGCACAUUGUAAAUGCACCCUUAGUUUCUUCAGCAUUCAACUUGCUAUUUUCAGUAUCCUUUUCAAGGCUGUUUUCUCUUACUAUCAAGUUCUGGAAAGUCAUUGCCAAAAUUUGCAUUUCACUUAAGAUCCCCACUAGAAACCGCUCAUUGCUUAGAGAUAUCUUAUGGACUAGCACUAUACAUUUUGUUAAUCAAAAUCAGUUUUCAUUGCUUCAAUUUGUCUGCAGGGGUAUUCAUCCUUCCACAUUUCCUCACUCUAAAAAUAUUUAGAACUGUUCCACCCCAUCACCUCCUUUACCAUCAUCAUUAUUAGCAACAGGGAUAAGGCACAGUCGAUUUUUGUUUGGCUUGAUUGCUUUGUUAAGUUCCAUAUUAUGAAAUUAGAAGGAAGAGAAGAGUAGUUUUUUAACAUUAAAUAAACAUUUUUGCGCAACCUUUUCUACAAUCAUUUUCUUUCUUUUUGUCCCCAAGACCUCUCGCCCAUAAGAUAUGAGAUGGCACCAUGUGAUUCAUUCAGCAAGAUCUCUUUCUACCUCUUUGUCAGAAAAAAGCAGCACCCUAUGAGGAUAUCAUCAGAUAGGAGGCUACCUGGCAACCUUCCAAGGCUUCUCACCAAAACAUCAAAGCUACGAUAAGUUGGCAGGUUCUUCAGAUUUCUUUUAUUACACACUGUGUCUCUGAAUUUCCUCAACCCCAACUCUAAUUUUUGAAAAGAUUAUUUAGAUGGCAUAGCAGCUACUUCCCAAAACUCAGAACUCAGGGGGGUUUUUUUAACAUGAGAACCAAUAGUUUGAAUUCAGCCCCCCAUGCAUACAUCACUGUUAAUUUUAUUUAUGUUGUUAUUUGUCAUAUUUGUAAAACUAUUUUAGAGCUCAGCUGAGCCAGAACUUUGAUGGAGAUGAAUUUUCAGCUCAAAAUGGUCGAGAGGGAGUCAUAUGGGGAAGUCAUAAAAAUGGUUUCACACAAUUUUCCCCCCUCACCUUUUCCACUGCCACCGCUACCUGGUGGGAAAACAAUUGUGCUCCUUAUUGGUGCAUGCCAUUGUCAUGAAGCCAGAUCUGAGUUAAGGGUAAAUACUUCCUGCUCUCUCUGGUGUCUUCUGAGUAGAACGGUAGUGAGAAGUGUGAAUGGCACCAAUGGUAAAUGUAUGCUUGUGCUUGAUCUCUGCUCCCAUACCCCAACCGCUGAAAAGAGUCCCCAACUUUUCAGUCUUAGUCAUAGUGGUGACAUUUCCACUAGGAAGAAAGGUUGCAACAUUUGGGCCUUUCUAGUUCAUUCAACUCUGGCUCUGGCCUGGUGGAACGCUCUGCCACAUGAGACCAGGGCCCUGCAGGAUCUGAUUUCUUUCCGCAGGGCCUGUAAGACAGAGUUGUUCCACCUGGCCUUUGGCUUGGAGCCAAUUUGAUUCCCUCUCUCUCUUUCUUUCUUUUUUCUUUUCCUUCUCCUGCAAUGAGGCUACAUUUUAAUAUUUUAAUGUUUCAAUAUUUUAAUGUUGUAUUUUAAUUUUGUUUUUAAGUUGUAAUCAUUCAACUUGUUUUUAUUAUUGCUUGUAAGCCGCCCGAGCCUGGCCUUGUCUGGGGAGGGCGGGGUAUAAAUAAAAAUUAUUAUUAUUAUUCGUUUACCAAUAAUGCAAUUAAGGAGGGGCAUGACACAGGGCACAAGGAGAAGGGGACGACAGAGGACCAGAUGGUUGGACAGUGUUCUCGAAGCUACCAACAUGAGUUUGACCAAACUGUGGGAGGCAGUGGAAGACAGGAGUGCCUGGUGUGCUCUGGUCCAUGGAGUCACGAAGAGUCGGACACAACUAAAUGACUAAACAACAACAACAUGACACAGGUGUAUACAAUUUUGCACGAUGUGGAGGAAGUGGAUAGAAACACACACACCCCCACAUACCCCAUAAUACUAGAACUCAGAGCCAUCCAACGAAUCUGAAUGUUGCAGAAUUCAGGUUCGGCAAAAGUAAGUACGGCUUCACACAGUGCAUAGUUUAACUAUGCCAUGUUCUCCCACAAAAUGUAGUAAUGGCCACCAACUUUAAAACAGAAUUAGACAAAUUUGCAGAGAAUAAGGAUAUUGUUGGCUGUGUUCCACCUCUGAUGUUCCACCUCUGAAUAUCAGAUGCUGGGAAUCACAAGUGGGGAGACCACUGUUGUGGCCAGGUCUUGCUUAAAGGCGUCUGGUUGGCUACUAUAAGAAUAGGAUUCUGGAUCCUGAUCCAUCAGGCUUUUUCCUAUCUUCUUAUGUUGGGUGGUCUGUUUUGGCUGAGCCCUAGCAAGUAUCUCAACAUCCCUCCAAGGAGCUCAGGGCUGCUUCCUUGUGAUUUUCCUAUCUUAGAAAAACCAUGUGACAUAGGUUGGGAUAAACCAAGAUCCAUCACAUUUAUAUCCAGCACUAUCUGAUACAGUGGUACCUCGGUUUAAGAACAGCCCUGUUUAUGAACUAUUCGGUUUAUGAACUCCACAAAACCAGAAGUAGUGUCCCAGUUUGUGAACUUUACCUCGAUCUAAAGAAUGGAAGCUGAAUGGUGGAAGGGCACCAGCUGCGGGAGGCCUCAUUAGGGAAAGCAUGCCUCGGUUUAAGAACGGACUUCCAGAACAGAUUAAGUUCGUAAACCAAGGUACCACUGUAUUCCAUAAAAGCUCUCAUGCAGUUGUUCCAAACUAGUACUAGGAUUCAGUAUGCAGAAAGCAGAACAAAACCCAUUCAGUACCGAGAUUUGUUUAAGCCCUAUUGAUGAGAUUCUGAAAUUUCUGCACCCAAAUUCAGAUGGACAAUCACUAAUGUGACCCCAUCUGUGUGAUAACCUACAUCUAUGGAUUUAUAGCCACAUGUACUUUGUGAAAUUUUGAGACAGUGAUUACACCACUGAAACGCCCACAUGGAACCUUCAGUAUUGGAAUGAGUUGAGUCCCUCAAGGCAAUGGCUUCCUGAAGUAUAGAGUCAUUCUUUUGUGACAUCUAGUUGACUUUAGCACAUCAAUGGACUUAUGGUAGGAAACAAUGGAAGCUCAAGGAUUGGGGCCAAACUACAUGUGAUUUGGAACUCCAUGUUCAGACGUCUUGGGAAGAUUUGUCUUUUUGCCCAAGCUUUCUCCAACCCAUAAGACUGGACAAUUUUUUUUACAUGUUUUCUCUGAAUUUUUGUUUUAUUUGCUUUUAUAUUGCUUGUUUACUGGUUUUAGGUUAUAGGGGUUUGGGUUUUUUUAGUGUUUUAAUGAUAUUCUGUUUGUUUGUUUGUUUGUUUGCUUGCUUGACUGUACACCAUUUAGAGAUUUUUGAAAUAUUAAGCACUAAGUAAAUGCCUAAAUAAAUAAAUAAAUGUUACAUUUCCUUGAUUUUUUUUUAAUUAAAAAGAAAAGCAGUCAGGCGCCAAAACACACACACAAAACUCAUGAUUUUUCUGUUGAGGUGCUUCCACAAAACUAAGUUGUGCAUGGUUGGUAUUUAUUUAAAAAUGGCCUUCUACUAACUUAUAUUGUAGCAGGGAUUUCAGAAUAGAAAUGCUUUACCUUGCAACACCUUCAUGGGGGGGGGGAAUCAAAUUGCUAAUACCUCCAUAUUAUAUAGCAUUUUAGGUGUGCAAGUUGGGUUUGUUCCAUUUCUCUUCUUCUAUAACUGCUCUUUAAGUUGGGUCGUUAUUGUUCCCAUUUUACAGAUGGGAAGCAAAGACUAAAAUGUUGGGAGUUGCCAAAAUUCACAAUAUCUAUAGCUAAAUUCUUAGAGAUUUCUCAUUUGCUCGUCCCUCACUUUAUAUCCAGUAUACUGCACCCAGUCCUUAAUUAAGAGAACAGAUGAUAUGUAAAUUAUCCCCAAAUUUAGGAAUCAAAAUUGAAGAUGAUUCACACAGCUUACAUUCUAGGAAUUCAAUUAGCAGUAACUUCCCUUUGUGUAUAAAAUAAGAAUAAUUUAUAUGUAAAUAUAGCUUGGAAGGUGGACAAAUCUCUCAGCUUCUGCAUAAAAGAAAAUGUCUGUAUAUAAAGAACCUGCUUUGAUUUAUAAAACUGGACUGUAGUUCAUACUUAAAGGACAAUAAGGCAAUUGUGUCACAAAAUAUUGUAUGUUAACAUUUCACUGUCUGCUCUCCUGUUCUGUUCAAAUUUAAUUAAGGGGAGACCAUUUGAAUAUUUUCAUUUUUCUUCAGAGAGUUCAAAGACAAAAAUACAUUCAUUUGUUUUCAUUGUUACACUUAGAUACUGUAAAAUUGUAGAGAGCUUUUUAAUUAUUACAGUGGAGUGUAUGCCAUCAUUUCUGUUAUAGUGCUAGUGAUAAUUUAAAAUAAAAUAUAUUAUUGUUUAAGAUCUUUUAUUUCCAGUGUCCCUGCCACAAACAUGUAGCAAAAUUCCUUUUCAUGCAGGUAGAUUGAAAUAUUCCAAAGGAAAAGGAAACUGGGCAAGAAAGCUUGUAUUUGUGCCAUGAAAUCCAGCAAUAUUUUGGUUUGCCUUGAAAAGGAGUGUGUUCUUCUUGUGAGAAUGUGUCCUCCUUUAAAUAGUUUUAUUUGAAUUGAAAGCUAUACGGAAUACUUUGUUGCAAGGCCAUUAACCACAAAAAUGCUUGCCUAAUUUGUUACUGCUGCUGGAGACCCACUGUAAAUCUUAUUAAUGUGUCUGCUACUGUAAAAGGAAGAAAGUAAUUAAGUUUUAUUACUAUUGUUCUAGAAAACCUCUGUUUUUUUAAAAAAGAAAAGGGGGAAAAACAAUGUCCCUCAAGAAUGGUAAUAUUAGAUGGGAUGACGUCUGUACUCUGAAGGAAAUACAUAUGAAACUCACGUUGGCACUGUGCGUUAAUAAAAUAAUAGACUAUCCCAUUGAAUUUUUCAAUUAAGACUAUAUUCCAUUCAUCAGGGAUGGGGAACUUAGAACUCUUUAGGUGUGUUGGACUCCCAUCAUGCCUGAACACUGCAGAUGAUGGGAGUUGGAGUACAGCAACGUACCUGGGAAUAAGUCCUACUGAACCUCAUUGGGGCUUACUCCUGAGUAGACAUGCCAAGGAUUGCACCCUAAAUUGCAUUUGUGCCUUGUUGAAAUGAGUGUCUUUUCUAGUCUGAUUGGUGGUUGUUGUUCUUUUGUUUUGAUUUUCCAGGAAUGUUCUUUCGAAAAGAACACUGGCCAUGAGGACGCCCGCGCAUUAACACAUUUUUGAGCAACGUCGCCGAAGAGGAUGAGAUUGGAGUUUUGUGCCUGAGACCCUUUGCCACCACUGUUGGGUAAAUGAGAAGUGGUUGUGUGAUUAUGCUGACAUCCCAGCAUGCAUCUGGUAGACCUGUGGUUAACUCGCUCCCUCUCCAUGUGUCUGCUCUUACAAAGCUUUGUCCUCAUGAUACUGUGUUUUCAUUCUGCCAGUAUGUGCCCCAAAGGUUGCCUUUGCUCCCAUUCUGGAGGUUUGAAUGUCAGCUGCAGCAAUGCAAACCUCAAGGAAAUACCCCGAGACCUGCCUCCUGAAACUGUCCUCCUUUACCUGGACUCCAAUCAGAUCACCUCCAUCCCCAACGAAAUCUUCAAGGACUUGCACCAGUUGAAAGUCCUCAACUUGUCCAAAAACAUUAUCGAAUUCAUAGACGAACACUCCUUCAAAGGGGUGGCCGAAACCUUGCAGAUGUUGGACUUGUCGGACAACCGGAUUAAAAGUGUCCACAAAAACGCGUUCAACAACUUAAAGGCCAGGGCUAGGAUCGCAAACAAUCCCUGGCACUGUGAUUGUACUCUGCAGCAGGUCUUGAGGAGCAUGGCCUCCAACCACGAAACGGCCAACAGCAUCAUCUGUAAGACUUCGGAAAUCGACGAACACGCCGGGAGGCCGUUCCUCAACGCUGCUGACGCCGACCUCUGCAACCUCCCUAAAAAGACUACUGAUUAUGCUAUGCUGGUCACCAUGUUUGGCUGGUUCACCAUGGUGAUAUCCUACGUCGUUUACUACGUGCGGCAAAAUCAAGAGGAUGCUCGCAGGCACCUCGAGUACUUGAAAUCCCUGCCAAGCAGGCAAAAGAAACCAGAGGAAGCAGAUGACAUAAGCACUGUCGUAUAGUGCCCCGGGUUCAGUGAUUGACUACGAGGUGGAAAUUAGAUGUGCAUAGCACGGACGCCAGGUGUUUACUUCUAACAUUCGUUGUAAACCUGUAAGACUCCCUCCCCCCCCCCCCAAUUAAGCUGAAUUAUACCACUGUCAAAACUUUCUAACAAAACGAUUUCUGUUUGGGGUGAUAACAGUACACCUUUAUUGUUUCUCUGGUGGUAUUCUCAACCAAGUAAAACUAAUAUGUAAACAUUAGUUUAGACCCAUUCCACUCUUUAAUAAUGAAAUUUAUUUUUUUAAUUUAAAACCAAAUAAAAGCUUAACUUUGAACCAUGUAAA